GCUGAAACCACUCAACAGAAGUUUGAAAAGAUAUCAGAAUCUACAAAACAAGGUAUUCUGUAAAACUACAAUUAUUUAUCAAUGUUAUACUAUUUAUCAUCUGAUUUUAUUCCAAAAAUGUUAGGCAUGUAAUCAUUAGAAAUCAUGUUAUGUCCUGCCUGCCCUGCUCAGUAGAAAUUCACUCCUGGUGAGCGAGCCUUGGAUCCUCCAGGCAGAGGCGUACCUAGAUUUCAGGAAACCCAGGGCCGUAAUGUAUUUGGGCACUUUCCACUCCCACCCCUUCCCCCCUCCCGCAUACCCCAAACCACUUUUUGUUUGUUAAAUUAAACACACAUAUUCAUAUUUAUAAAUACCUAUUCAUAUUUACACAUACAUUCGUACACAAACUUACAUACAAACGUACUCAUAAACAAACAUGUAUACACAUAAAAACACACACAUCCAUUCAUAUACACGCAUUAAUACAGUUACUCAUAAUAUAUAUUUCGCUUAUUUGCUCUAAGUUAGCGAGGGGAGGGAAUGAGGCAGGGAAAAUUAAAAGAAAAUAAACUCCAGCGUUUAAGGAGGUCUUCAGUGACAGAAGGAGGGAGGGGAGUUGUCCGUUGCUUGUGUGCAGUGUGCGAUUACUAUGGUCAUAUUUUUCUCACAGAAUUGACAUUUGGCAGUUAUGAAAUAGAGUUCUAGGCUGCCAAAGUUACGUGUGCUGGGGGUGUAAAUAGCCCCUGGCACAAAAGUGCAAAUAUCUCAGUAAGUUCUGUGUUUUAAGCAGAAACGCUGCACAUACAAACUCCUGCCACCAUGACCACUUCUAAAAGCCUCCAGAUAGUUUAGUAGUGAUCAUAUUUUUUUUUUUUUAGAUAUUUUAAUUAAGAGAAGUUUUAUUUUUGUAUUAUUUUUUUUAGCACGUGCAUUUAUUUUAAUUUAUUAACUAGCAGGAAUUUGUGGGAGUGACUUUUUUUGCAUCAUUAUCUUUUUUAAUCUUAUUGUAUUUUUAGUCACCCCUCCAGCGGUGCAUGUUUUGUUUUUAUGUACAUAAAGACAGCUGCCCAAUGGAGGAAGGGUAAGCCACUAAAUGCUCUAAAAAACCUAUUUACUUAUAUGUAUACGCUCGCCUCCAAGAUUUCUCCAGGGCUGCACCUUUUCUGUGGAACUCCCUUCCCUUCUCCGUAAGACUUUCACCCAGUCUCCACUCCUUCAAAAUAUCUUUGAAAACUCACUUCUUCAGGAAAGCAUAUUAUUUAAACUGUUAGCGGGUUUUCAUUCCAUGGAUUUAAAAAAUGUAAAAAGAACUUAGUAGAACUGGUGGAACGCUGCCGUUUUCAUAACAAAUUCUUUAUUAACAAAUCUUUGUAUGAAUGUUGUGUGAAUGCCUUUUUGUUUAGACAUUUUUCUUCCAAGCUGUGUUUUUGCAUUUAGUCCAGACAUUGCCGAGCUUAACUGUACUCAGAACACUCCCACAGGGAGUGAAACAAACAUCAGUUACCCUGCGAUUUCCUUCCCCCCCCUGUAUAACAUUGUUAUUCAUCCCUGGGGUUGCAAUAUUUGGCCAAUCUGACUGCUUUCCUCUGCUCUAUCGUAAUACAAAAUGACGCUGCAACAUUUUAUCCACGAUAAAACUGCAGACAGUCUGAGCAACAGACAGACUGCUGCAGUUCAUCAAUGAUGGCAUGGCCUAUGGGUGCUUAGGAGCGCUAUAUUUAUUGACAAAUUACACCAGGGCAUGGAGCCGUAAAUGCACAGAACCAGAAUUACUACAAUGAGCUACAGUGGUUAUGGUGCUUAGACUGUCUCUAUAGUUUACAAAGAGCUGAAUAGCUAUAUUAGUUCAUAUUCACACAUGAUCCUUGAGAGAGCAAAUAGCACUCAGUCAGGGCUGUCCGCUAAAGUAAGAUUUCAAGGUGAAUUUGAAAUUUAAGGUCAAAGAAGCCGAACUAAACACAUAGUUGAGUUAGAGAAUAUUUAUAUUUCAGCUUCUUUUACCUUAAAGGGAAACUAAAGGCACCAAAACAACUUUAGCUCAAUAAAGCAGUUUGGGUGUAUAGAUCAUUCCCCCUGCAGUCUCACUGCUCAAUUCUUUGCCAUCUAGGAGUUAAAUCACUUUGUUUAUACAGCCCUAGGCACACCUCGCUGCACUUUGUGUUCAUGUAGACCGUGUCAGUCACAGCCAGGGGAGGUGUGACUUGGGCUACAUAAACAUGACCAAAUGUGAUUUAACCCUUUAAGGACAGAGACAAUUGUGACAUUGAAAAAAUGUUAACACAACCUUUAAUUUGCGCUAAAUAAUUCACCUUUCAUAUUAAGUGCACCCACACUUAUUAUACAUCAUUUUGUUCAUGAGAAACAGGGCUUUCAUUUCACAUCAAAUAUUUAGAUAUGAAACAUAAUUUUCUUAGUACUGCGAGGCAUUUUAACUGUGAAUGUCAUAAUACUGUUAGCUUUUACUGCAAUAAAAUGCACAUAUUUCUGUUUAGCAAUGUCUCACAAGUACAACAGUACCCCCCAUGUACAGGUUUUAUGGUGGUUUGGAACGUUACCAGGGCCGUCUUUAAUAACGAAUGGACCCUGGGCAAGUGUUUGCUUGGGCCCCCUGUGCCCUGCCGCUCUCGCCCCUCACUCCCUGGUAUGCAAUCACGGCAUCCAUCCCAACGCAGUGGCGGUACUAAAGUAGAAUGAAUUUUAUUGGGACCCCCAAUUGCAAGGUUGGACUAAAGGUAGAACCCCAUCUGUCGUGCAACUCCAACAAUGCUUUGACAGCUGGGACUCUACCAAUUUCCCAUGCUUGCAGGGUUGUAUUUAGCACUGAGCCAUGUUAGUAUGUUUGAAUGUAAGCAUGUGUUUGUAUGGAGUAUGUUUGUGUGAAUGUGUUUGUAUGUGGUACUGGAGUUUGAAUGCAAGUGUGCAUUUAUGUGUAGUGUUUGUUUUUGAAUGUAGGAGUGUGCUUGUAUGUAGUGUUGACGUUUCAAUGCAGGAGUGUGUUUUAUAUGUAGUGUUGAAGUUUGAAUGGAGGGGUAUAUUUGUAUUUAAAGUUGCGGCUCAGAUGCACAGGUACACACUCUGACGCACAAGCAGAUACACAGAUACAUACACUGACUACAUACAGAUAAACAGGCACAUACACUGACAGACACACUGACACAGGUACAUAUAUUGACACACACACAGACACAUACACUGGUAGACGUACUGACAGACAUACUGACACAGGCACAUAUACAGACAUACUGACACACAGACACAUAUACCGACAUACUGACACACACACACAGACACAUACACUGAUCAACAUACUGACACACAUACACUGACAGAAAUACUGACACCCACACACUGGCACAUACACUGACACACACAGACUGAUAUACUGACACACACACACACACAGACAUACUGGCACACAGACAGAUAUACUGACACAUGCAUACACAUGCACUAACAGACAUACUGACACAUACACAUACUGACACACAGAGAUAUACACACACAUAUAUACUGACACACAGACAGACAGACAUACUGACACACACACAGACAUGCUGACACACACACAUACACUAACACACACAUACACUAACACACACAUACACUAACACACUAACACACACAUACACACAUACAAACAAACACAUACACUAACACACAAACACAUACACUAACACACAAACACACAUUUUUUUUUUUUUUAAAUGUAAUCCCCCCAGCCUCCUUACCUUUUGGAGUGCUGGGGGGAUUCCCUGGGGUCCAGUGGUGCUGCUGGGCUGAAAUUGGGCGGUGGGUCGGUCGGCAGGAAGGCGGGCGAAGGGAGCACUCAGUGCUUCCUCUUCAGCUCCUUCACAAGCCGCUAUGCCGGAAGAUGACGUCAUCUUCCGGCUCCGGCAUCAGUGCGGUGCGCGAGGGAGCUGAAGAGGAAGCACUGAGUGCUCCCUCGCGCGCCCGCCUUCCUGCCCGACCGGCCACCCGCCCGCCGGGUCAGCGGGGCCCACGGGGCAGGUGCCUCGGGCCCCCCAAGAGAAACUGCCCGUUUGCCCCGCGUUAAAGACGGCCCUGAACGUUACAGGGUCAAGUAUAAGGCAUUCCCCUUGUCCAAUUUUUACACAUUGCAAUUUGCCAGGUUGGUUGUGUUGCCCUAGAGACCUUAUGGCUGCCCAGGAAUGAAAAUGAUCCAUAUCAUGGCAUACCAUUUGAAAAAGUAGACAACCCAGGGUAUUCAAAAUAGGGUAUAUCCAGACUUUCUUAGUAGCUACUUAGUCACAAACACCGGCCAAAGUUAGUGUUUAUAUCUGUUUUUUUAAUUUUUUACAAAUAAGCUGCCCUUUCACCGGUGGUAUCAUCAGCAUUAUGUGUUUUAUUGCUCUAAAAUACUCAUAUCUGUGCUCAGUAAUAUCUCACAAGUACAACUCCCCAGGGUAACUUACAGCUCCUGUAAAGCUGCCUGGCCGUGUUAAAUGGGAAACCGUAACACAUACUCCGUCCUCGUUUGCUAAAACAGACCCUCCUUCCACAUCCAAGAGCUGCCACUUUUCCAAGGAUUGGUAGAUUGACCAAUAUAUAGCUGCAAGAACCCAGAGAAAGUCAAAAUACACGCAUUGCUGACACCUCCCUCUGCAGUUCCAAUCCACAAAAAUAGACAAAAAUGAGGGCAGCAUAAACAAUUGCAAAUGUGCACACCAAGUGCUACAAACAGAUUUAUUUACAAGGACAUAGAGUACAAACGUUUCGGGUUAUUCCCUUUAUCAAUGCAUGUCUUUACCAAGGGUGCACAUUUGCAAUUGCAGCCCCGCUUAUCAGAAGAUUAACUCCAACAUGGAAAUAGGGCUGCUAAAACUGUAACAGACUUCGAGGCACACACUCACUGUCUGUAUCCACAUAUACAUUUAUUCAGAAUGCUUUUCCGCCUUCACAAAUACAACUUCCCGUUUUUUUGUUUUUUUUUGUGAAAAUAGAAAGUUAAAUGCUCUUCGUGUUAUGAACUGUAUCACAUAACGCUGCCAAUCUUAUUUACCAAUGUAUGUUAAUUUUGGAUGAUGUUCGACAUGGUUAAUAUUGCCAUUUAUUGUUUGCGUUGUAUACUUGUCCAAUUUACCAUGUAAUGAAUUUAUUUAUUUUUUUUAAAGCUUCAGUAAUCUUGACUAUUUGAACUAUAUUUUAUUAAUCAAACAUGUCUUAGAUCAAGGCAAAACAAAUCCCAGGAGCCAGGUCGCAAUGGCUACUAUGAAAAUUUGUCCUGGCUCCUGGUAUGUGUGAGCCCCUUCAGCCCCCGAGGUGACUAGCAACUUGAGAUGGGCGGUGUCAUCAAGCUCAUUGAGAGCGAGGUUGGGCGAACAGGCAGGUGGCUAAUAGUGAGCAGAAACGUGCGGGCAGACAGGCAAGCGGCUCAUAGAACAAAAAGAGCUGAGACAGGUAGGCAGACGGCUGACUGAUUGCGGAGGCGGCGAGGUAGCUGUGAUCUUCCUGCUCUGCUCCCUCACACGCCCUCCAGUGAUACCAGGAGUUGGAAUAUGACAUCACUCCUGCCUCAGCUCACUAAACAGCGCGCAAGGGAGCAGGAAGAUGAUCAGAGCAGUCCCACUGGACCCCAAGGAAAGUUAGGGAGGCAGGUUGGAGAAAUUUAAAUAAAAUAAUUCAUUUGUGAGUGUAUGUGAAAAUGUAUGUGUAUUAAAGUAAAAGUGAGUGUGUCUGUCUGUCAGUGAGAGUAUGUGUUUGUCUGUCAGUGAGAGUGUGUGUCUGUCUGUGAGAGUGUCUGUAUGUGUGUGUCUGUCAGUGAAUGUGUUUCUGUGUGUCUGUCAGUAAGUGUGUGUCUGUCAGUGAGUGCGUCUGUUUAGGCGGCCGGCCCUUCCGUUGGCAAUGGAAAUGGUGUUUUCACUGACCUUUUUCCAACUCUGUGCCCGUCUUUUCAUUGCUGAGAUCAUCAUCACUUGAUGAUUUCAGCCAAUCCAACGCAUUCCCAUUGGAAAGCAUUUGGAGACUAUUGUGCACUUCGCAGAAAAACACACUGCCCCAAUCAGCAUCUCCUCAUAGAUAUGCAUUGAAUCAAUGCAUCUGUAUGGUGAGCAUUUAGACGCUGAAUGGAGGUGAUGCACACUGUGUAGCACUGACCCAGGAUGCACCUCUAGAGGCCAUCUGAGUGACUGCCACUAGAGGUGUUACUAGGCUGCAAUGUAUACUGACUUUUGUCUGAAAAAGGCAGUGAUUACAUUGAAAAGUGUGUAAGGACAGGCUAUAGAUUUCAGAACAACUACAUUAAGCUGUAGUUGUUCUGGUGACUAUAGUGUCCCUUUAAGAAUGGUAUUUAUCUAGGACAUAGAUCAUAAAGGAUUAAAAAAAUCCAAUUCAAGGCCAUUGGCUUCACAGCUAAUUGUGAAAUUCUUUGCAAGGCAGAUGCCCUGGACUAAACAACCAGGAAGUAACAGGACCGUCUGUCUGACAGCCGGGAAGGCGUAACAAGGUUCAUCUACAAAAGUGCCAAUUUGUCUUGUGAUUGGCAUGUGUGAUCUCUAGCAAGCUCUAAUUUAACCCCUUCAUUACAGCAAAGGAACUAAUGUGUGGCCAGGGCUGGUGCAAGGAUUUUUGCCGCCCUAGGCAAACAAAAACUUGCCACCCCCCAUAUGCUCUGCCCACCAUGUGACAUCACAAUGCCCCACCCAUAUGAUCUGCCAUAUGGGCCAACGCCAGUUCUGCACACAGUGUCUUUUGUCUGAAAAGGCAGUAUGUUUACAUUAAAAAGUCUGCAGGGACAGGCUAUAAACACCAGAAACACUACAUUAAGCUGUAGUGGGUCUGGUGACUAUAGUGUCCCUAUAAUGUGAGGUAAAUUAGAGAUUAGUGCCACUAAUAAUAUACUGGAUUGAUGCCCAUAGAACAGCAAAGCUAGGUGGAAUGGGCCUUGACAUAGCUAGGAGGCAGGCAUAGGGACUUGUCUCUGAACGGUGAUGGCCUAAUAAACUUUUCCUGCUCCAUUGCCUAGUGUUAAUUGGUGCUAUAAUUCCCGAAAUACCCACACAAAUGGGGAAAAAUAAUAACCCACCAGCUCCCAGAAGGCUGCUGCUUGUAGACCCCGUUUCUACGCUGGUACCUCUCAACUCCGGCGGACCUCGCUACUCCGACGGACCUGCCUGUGUAAGAGGGGACCUUCGAUGAUCAAGGAGACACCUCCCCUCGCUUCUCCCCAUAGGACAGGUCCCCGAAGCCUGAGGACAGGGAAUGGAUCACCCUCCUCCGGGCUUUACCUACUCCGAUUACUUAGCGGCCAACCAACAGCGCACUGCUGGCCUCGAUCUGGGCCAACAUACAGUCGCUAUGGGACGACGUGCAGGGCCUGACCGAUCGAGUGUGCCACCUGGAAUCUACCUGUGACCUGCUCCAGGGGGACCUCUCACAUUAACCAGCAAAGUGGCUGACCGUCAGGCGGAAUAUCUCAGAAGCCUGGCCCUCCAUGUGGAGGAUCUUGACGAUCGAGGUUGGCAGAAAAAUUUGCAGCUGCAGGGACUCCCUGGAUCAGACAACAUCCACGACCAGUUGUGUAGCACUCUGGAAGAGAUCUUCAAUGGCCUGUUGAAACGGGACCCGUCCAUAAAGAUCGCGUUUGUCUGCGCCCAGCAGGCCUUGCGGCCUAGAGGACCACUGGAGGCCCCUCCACGGGAUGUUAUAUGCUGCCUGGAAUCAUUUGCGGAAUGGGAGAGUAUCCUGCGGACGGCUAGGGACACCGGCACCUUCAGACCAAACUGCAGCUGAUCCCGGACCUUUCCCCGGCCACGCUACGCUACUGCAGGAUGCUACAGCCCCUCACGCAGGCCCUGCAGCCGCAGGAGGUCCAUUAUUGGUGGCUGUUCCCGACGGGCCUCUCCAUGAAGGCUCCGGAGGGCCCGGUAGUACUCCGAUCUCACGCUGGUCUGGUACACCUGGGGUCCGUAAUCCCUCUCCCGCCCCUCAAUAUGAAGUGGGCAGACCCGGCUGAAUUCUAUUUGCCCAUCAUACCUGCGGGCGUGCAGGCUGCCCCUGAUCCCCCACUUACACCCUGGUCCCUUAGGCUAGCGGCCUUGACGCAGCACCAGACAGCCUGCAUCACAGCGAUCUCCCAGACGGACCUUCUGCACCAGUGGACUGGGCCUAUGGAGCACUUAGUUCCUGCUGCCGGUUGCCCUCGCUACCCUUCUUUCCCACUUCCCACUUGUGUCUCACCGCUCUCUUCCAGCCGCUUGGUAACUGCUAGCUCCAUACCCUCUCCACACCCCUCCUUCCAACCUCUCCCUCCCCCUCUCCUUCCAACCCCUCCCUUCCCCGUCCUUCCAACCCUCCUCCCCCCCUCCCUUUGUUUCACCCCCCGGCAUCGGAUAUGGGCUCGUAGAGGAAAGAUUACCUGCAGGACCGUGGCUGGGAGGAUGCCGCCCGCCAAGCGCACGCCAGGAAGGGGACCGCGGACGGCUGGAGGGUGAGUGCCGCGAGCGGACUGCAACCUCCCCUCGCAGCCGCCCGCGGGACCCUGACAUUGGCAUUCCAAAGGGGUGCUCUUCUUUUAGAAAUGACUAAUCAUAGGUUUCACCUUUCACCACUGAACUUCAAGUUGUUUCUAUAGAAAACACAUAAAUUUUACUCGAGGGGUACUCAUCAGACAUGACGAGACAAUAAGGUAACUCGUGUGAAGGCAUGGAGCAUCCAGGCAUGGAGCAUCAUGCUUGAUGCCCAUAGAAGAGCAAAGCUAGGUGGAAUGGGCCUUGACAUAGCUAGGAGGCAGGCAUAGGAAAACUUGAGUCUGUUAGUAAAAGGGGGCGGGGCUUAGGGUUGAUAUAUAUAGCGGCCAUUUUAGGUAAUAAACCAUUCUAAUUGAAAAUUUUCACUUACUGGUUUCUGGCAGACUCUCCUGUGUUUUAGGCCUUGCCUGCUGUUUCCAGUCCUGCAUAUCCCAGCAUUUCUGCUCCACUUGUGCAGCCACCUACUCUGCUCUGUUCUCCUCGAAGGCCCCUAGCCCCUGCUACUGGCUGGUGUGGAUAGGUGGUCGGGGGAGGAGUUCCAUUGCGGCCGCAUGCCGGGUACUGAGGCGUGCUGGCAGGAUAGUGCAACACAGUGCCUCAUGGCGGUCGGUGGGACAUUGCGGAUUUUGGCUGCGGCAGGCCCCAGGAUCCCAGGAGGCACUGCCAUGAUGGUGGAGCAGCAGGAUGCAGGCUCAGGAGUGCUAGCAGGGGCCUAGCAGGGCCUAGCAAUCGGACUCUGGGCCUAGCAGGGGUUCUGUUGGUGUUCAGCAGGGGAGAGAGGUUGGGGGGCCCCCUACCCAGCCAGGAUCUAAUAAGGGUGAUGCAGCCACCAGGGGCUUGGCCAGCGGGGACAGCAUAGCACCCUUGGAAGGCUCUAGGGUUGGGGAGGAUGAGUCCCAGGCAGGAGUAUGAGGGGUCCCAUGCAUCUCCUCCCAUACCGUGGCGACUCCAGGCAGUGGUGUGGAGCGCCCAGCAAGCGACUAUGGUGACUGGCAGUGACGUCACUGGCAGCCACAGCAGGGAGCCCCCUGUGGCUCAGGGUAGUGUGUGACAGUACACGGGUGGACAGGACAUGCCACACUCAGGAUAGGGAUGCCAGGUCCCCAGGUUCCUCUGUCUACAGCGGGGCUGGCGGGCAGAGAUUGCGCCAUCACUCCAGGAGCCAUUGACGGAGCAGGCAUCACAGCGACAGCAGGGGAUCCCUAACAGUAGCCAGGAGAGAGUGUGUUACCGCUCACCUAGCCAGGAUGGGAGGCACUACAUCUCACUAGUUAAGGGUGUAAGUUCCAGGAGGCUUCUAGGUCCAUUGUUGGAGACUCCCCGGUCACUCGGGCACAGGGCUUUUCCCGGGCCGACUACGGCCGCAAGGGCCAGGACGCCAGAUCCAGGAGUAGCAGGUCCAGGAAAGGUUCGCUGGGUGAGGUCAGGGGGGCUCACAGCCACAUCCACUGCCACAGGGUUUCUCGCCAGUGAAAGUCUGCGCGAUGCUCCCGUGGCUAAGCAGAUACGGUUACCAAAUGUGGCACUGCUACGGGAAGGGUUUUUUAGAGGGUUUUGUAUUCCAUUUAGAGAGCGGGCAGUGGUUCGCUGUUUUUGUAAUUUUCGGUCUGUUGCAGACUAUCCAGGAGUUGUGCGUGAGAAGUUACCCAAUUGGGGAGAAUGGCGGGACCUUUUGACGAGCCGCUAAUUCGGGAUCUGAGUAUUUCACCAUUGGGGGUCGUGCCCAAGAGAGAGGCAAACAGGUUUCGAUAAUACAUCUUUCUUACCCCAAGGGGGGUCAGUAAAUGAUGACAUUGACGGGGGCUCUGUUCUGUUUCCUAUGCAUCAUUUGACCAAGCUGUCGUGUUGGUUCGGAAAGCGGGUUUUGGGGCGUUGUUGGCUAAGGCCGAUGUGGAAUUAGCGUUCGACUUUUGCAUAUUCAUCAUUUGCUGGGUUGCUUUUUUGACGGAAGAUACUUUGUGGAUCUAUGUUUGCCUAUUGAAUGUUCCAUCUCAAGUGCUUACUUUGAAAAAUGUUGUACUUUUUUGGAGUGGGUAGUUAAGAUGGAGGCGGGCACCAAGUUGGUUGUACAUUAUUUGGAUGACUUCCUGUGUGUCGCCCCCGCAGGUUCGGAUACCUGUCAGAUUGGGCUGAGGAUACUGGAAUGGGUGGCUCACGUUUUCGGGGUACCAUUGGUAGUCGACAAGUCUGUGGGGCCUUCUACAUACCUUAGUUUCUUGGGGCUCGAGAUUGAUACCGUGGCAGGUGAAUGAUGGUUACUGCAGGAUAAACUGCCCACUCUGUGGGAGAUCAUUGCGGAAGUACAUGGGUCUAAGAAAGUGACGUCGCGGGCUUUGUUCUUGAUUGGGCAGCUGAAUUUCACUUGUCAGGUGAUCCCUAUGGGUUGGGUGUUCAACCGGUUCUUGGCCAAGGCCACCGGUGGGGUGAACUUACCGCAUCACUUUAUCCGGGUCUUGGGUCCGAUGAAGGAGGACUUGGGUGUUUGGGAGGUAUUCCUUCGUGAUUUUAAUGGGAGGGUUUCCUUUCGGAAGGUGGCAGUUUCGUUUCCGGAAUUGGAAUUAUUUACUGACGCAUCAGGGAGUGUGGAUUUUGGAGCCUACUUUACGGGCCAAUGAUGUGCAGAAAAGUGUCCCACAGACUGCACCACAAGCUCGCUUAUUAGGAAUUUAGCCUUUUUGGAAUUGUUUCCGUUGGUGGUUGCUUUAUAGUUAUGGGGGCAUGUUUUAAAAGAUAGGAAGGUUGUUUUCUUUACAGACAACAUGGCAGAAAUUGUGGGGCCCCUAACACAGCUCAAGGUCUGGGCCACCGUGUGCCCGCCUAGCAAGCCCUGCCUCCACAGGAAUACACACACACAGACACAAAAGGAGACAGACACAUACACAGAAAGAUACACACAUACUAACAGAUACAAAUACUGAAACAGACAUACACACAUAUAGACACAUACAGAUACACACACACACACACACACACAUUGACAUACAGACACACACACACUGUUGUACAUACAUACUCACAUACUGACACACACACAUACAUACAGACAGACAUACAUACUGACAAACUGACAUACAAACAAACUGACAUACAGACAUACAUACACAUAAAUACAUACUGGCAUACAUACAUAAUGGCAUACAUACACAUACAUACUGAUAUACAUACAUACAUACAGACAUACACACACACACACAGAUAGAUAUAUACAUACACAGAUACACACAGACAUACUGACAUACACACACACACACAGACAUACAUGCAUACUGACAUACAUACUGAUAGAUAUACAAAAUACAUACGAGGCACGUCCAGCCGCCAUGAUGUCCAGGCCCCGCCCGCUAUAAACAUAUUUUAAGUGAGUAACUUGACUAAUUGGGAACAAUCACUGCAUCCUAUUAUGGUUAUGUUGUCGCCAGUCUCUGUUCAUGUAGUGACUGCUAUGUAGGGGUCGGGUUUUAGCCCCUGUGGUACGGACGGGACAGUUCUUGUCGGGUACCAAGAGUGUGUUGGGGAGGUUGUACUCUGCUGGCCCGUCUGGGUGAAAGAGUCCAGUGGUAGGCCCAAGGCCUGCAGUAGCGUUGCUGUGUCGCUCAGGUCCUGGAUCUGGUGGGAGUCCAGCCCUCGGUGGAUGGUGAGCAUGUGGGGUGGCCGCCAGCGGGAUUGGAGAUCGUGCCGUCGGAGGAGUGUGGUGAGUGGCCGGAGGGAGUGCCGUCAUGCCAGGGUAUCGCUCGAGUGGUCGGCAAAGAAGCUCAGUGACAUGUUUUCAAAUUGGAGGGGCGUUUUUCCCCGUAGGGCGUUGAGGACUGCCGUUUUGUCCUGUCUGUUGCGGAAGGUGACUAUUACGUCCCUGGUAGCUGUGGUUGGUGCUCUUGGUGAUCCUAAAGAGGCAGUCAGGGCUAAUGCUUUUAAUUUGUGUGGGUGUCAGUAUAUUUGUGAGCAGGCAUUUGAUGACCUGUGGGAGUUCUGCAUCUGGUAUCGCCUCAGUGACCCCUCUAAACUUCAGGUUAUUUCUCCUCCUGGCGUCCUCUUGUUCCGCAAGGCGGUGUUCAUAAGUCUGUUGUUGUGAUUGCAGGUCGCUUACAGCCUGUUGAAGUUCCCCAAUGUCUCGGGUGUUGGUCAGGGCCAGACUGGGAAUUAAAAGCAGCCCUGGAAAAAAAAUAUUUACCAGCCCCAUAAUGCAUCGCACCAGCAUAGUGUGCAGAUACAGAGUUAGAACAGAUAACUUAAAAUUAAAAAGUACUCCAACGUAAAAAGCGCACUCAUAGGUUUCAAAAUAAACAAAAGUGCAGAUUUAUUUUAAGCAGAUGUAUCUUUGCAUGUAAUCAAUGUUUCAGUCCAACUACCUUGACAUAUUAAGGAAAGCUUGGUAAUGGGACUGAAAUGGUGAAUGUAUGUAGGGCACAACUGUAAAAAAUGUUUAUUUUGAAGUCCUGUGGGUGCGCUCUUCACUUUAAAUAUGUUAUUGUGCUGGAGUACGCACCUAGCAACAAGACUGGGCCAAUAUCUGCUCAUUACAUAUGGUACAUAUUAAUGAAAUUUCUCUGUGUAUUAUGCAUAUAUAAAUGUACAUUAAUAUAUGUGUAAAUAUUAUAGGCAUAAAUCUAUCUAUAUAUAUAACUAAUACACACAUUAAUAUACAUUUCAUAUACCAGUGGCGGAUCCAGAGCCUGUAUCCGGGAGGGGCACUUGUAGAUUAUUUAAAUAAAUAUUCCUUGCACAAUAACCACUACUCCUCUGUGUAGUGGUUAUGGUGCCAGGAGUGCCGGGACCCCCUCCCAGAGUAAGUAGUCAAACCGUUUAAGAACAGUUUGGCAACUUACCUGGAGUCUGCUGGGAUAUAGGGCUGUAGUAGGGUAUAGGAGCAGUGGUACAAUGUGUGAGGGGUGCAAUGUGUGUGAAAGGUUCAGUGUGUGGGGCAAUGUGUGUAUGGGGGGCAGUGUGUGAAUGUGUAUGGUGUGUGUGGGGGCAGUGUGUGACUGUGUAUGGUGUGUGUGUGUGGGGGCAGUGUGUGUAUGGGGAAUCCCUGGUGGUCGCAGUGGUGAGAGUGAACUCUAGCCCAUAGCUCCAGGGCUAGAGUUCACCCUCGUGAGAGCCGGCAACGCUCUGUGCUCGCGCGAGAAGGACCCAGGGGAGCUGCAGAUUGAGCUCCCGGGUCCUCUCUUCCUCCCUCCCCUGCUGGCUGCCCGCACGGUGCCUGUGAAACCGGGAGGGAGAUCGGCCGGCAGGGAAAAGCCUUCGUGGGGGGGAAUUGCCCCGUUGCCCCCCCUAUCCACCAGUGAUAUAUACAGACCCUAUGUGUGUCUCUUUUUAACUCCAGCCCCUCUAUGUGCCUUUUUGUUUCCCCCCAGUCACUCUAUAUGUUUCUUUCUCCCCCUCACUGCUCCUCUGUGUCAAUGUCUCCCCUCUCCUUCCCAGUCUCUCUCUUCCCUCUCUGUCCCUUUCUCCCCCUCCCCUUAUGUCUCUCUCAUUUCUCCCUCUUUGUCUCUCUCUUCCCCUCUGUCUCUUUCCCCCCCGUUUCCCUGUGUCUCUCCCUCCUCCACAUCUCUCUUCCCCUCUGUCUCUUUCUCCCCCCUUUCCCUUUGUCUCUCCCUCCUCCACAUCUCUCUUCCCCUCUGUCACUUUCUCCCCACUUUCCCUGUGUCUCUCCCUCCUCCACAUCUCUCUUCCCCUCUGUCUCUUUCUCCCCCCUUUCCCUGUGUCUCUCCUUCCUCCACAUCUCUCUUCCCUUCUGUCUCUUUCUCCCCCCUUUCCCUGUGUCUCUCCUUCCUCCACAUCUCUCUUCCCUUCUGUCUCUUUCUCCCCCCUUUCCCUGUGUCUUUCCCUCCUCCAAAUCUCUUUUCCCCUCUGUCUCUUUCUUCCCUCUUUCCCUGUGUCUCUCCCUCCUCCACAUCUCUCUUCCCCUCUGUCUCUUUCUCCUCCCUCCACCAUCUCUCUAUUCCUCCUUUUUCUCCCUCCUUCCCCUGUGUCUAUUCCCCUCCUGUUUUAUUCCCCCCCCCAUUUACCUAGAGAAAGCAGGGGGGCGGCCACGUUCCAGGCUGGAGCCGCCGGGCCGGGUGGCACAGCAUGCUGUGCUGGGGAUUGUGGGAACCGCGAGGGAGCAUGGUAGACAUGCUCCUCCUCCUUCAGCCCUCAGCACCAUCAGUGACAGAAGUGCCGCCGGACCGGCGAAGCUGCCACCCGGCCUGACGGCUCCCCCCUCUGAGUGUGCCACCGGACCGGCCACCCGGUGGCACCUAUAUGCGCAGCGCAGCCCCCAGGUGCCGCGGCCCACCGGGAAAUUUCCCGGUAUCCCGGUGGGCCAGUCCGGCCCUGGUGUUGGUUGUGGAGGCCCUUUCAAGGGUGCUCAUGCAGGCUGUCAAGCCCUUUAGGUCUCCCCGUAGCGCUGUGAUGUCCUUUUGUAUGUUUGUUUGUAGUUCUGCGAGCAGUUGUUUUAGGAUCGAUGUGGUCACCGGAGCGGAGUCUGGAUUGGGUUUGUUCGGCUGUGAGGACAGUCCCGAUGUGGGAGCCGGUAAGUAAUCUUCUCCGGAAAGGUUAUCGGAGAAGUUGGAGAAGCCUCCAUGGAGCACCGCCAUAUUGGGCCCGCUUGCGCCGCGUGCCUGUUUCCACAUGUCCCCGAUGGUUAGCCUAGAGGUGGGUUUUUCCGUGAUCAUUUUCUUAGUUUUGCGUCCCAUGUAUGUCGUUUGGGUAUUUUUCCCGAUUUUGCCGUUUGUAGCUUGGAGCUCCUGUUUAAUGCGACUGCUUGCCUUUGCGGUGAGCUGCAUUUGAUUUAAUGUUGUUUUUUGUGCACGUCACGUGCCUGGUUUCCUAAACGUGCAGAAGCUUCCGGAGCGCAGUUGGAAGGUUUGACAUGUCAGGAGGCCAGUGUCCUUUUCGUUGCUUCACCAGCUUGUGGGGGUAUUACCGGGUAUUUGUUUUUCUCGUUACGAGGUUUUACUGUUUUCGUGGCUUUUGUUUGGGCUUUUAUUGGGGCAUUUCAAGUCGGUGAACCGGUAAGUAGUAGCCAGCUCCGGGGAGGGGGUCUCCAAGCGUCGGAUGUGGAAGUUUGGGGUGAUAAGGUAUCGAUUCGUCUUCAACAUUCGAAAACGGAUAUCUUCGAUAAGGGAUGCUUAAUUACCUUGUUUUCCUAACCAGGAGCAAUAGUCUGCCCGAUGGGCUGUGCCUCGGAGUACAUGGCAGUCCGUUCCAAUGUUGGGAGAUCUUUCUUCUUCAGUUUGCUAGUGUUUUUCAUCUUGGCUUGGAUCAGUGGGGUUUGGAUGCGUUGUAGUUUGGUACGCAUUCCUUUCGUAUCGGGACUGCGAUGGAAGCAGCCUGAUUGGGGUUUGACGAUGAGUUGGUAAAGAAGAUGGGCAAUGGUAAUCAGUUAGGUUCCGGUCCUAUGUGCGUCCCUAUGGUUUGGUGUGAUUCAUGGGUUGUGGAUGGGGGUUUAUUGCAUGUUAUGGUGGUGUUAAAUAGUUUCCUUUCUUCCUACUGGAUGGGUCGCCUGGCUGAUAGGCCACUCCUUCAUCUAUUGGUCUUCAUGGAGAGCCGCAGUUCGCCACCACGGCUUGCAACUGGGCUUUCCGCAAGAUUUGGUUUAUCUGCACUGGUUGGAUUUUCGUGGUUUUGGCUGGAAUUAUGUCUGUUCUGAGCUAUUUCAAAGGCUAGGUCACGGACAGGCUCCGGAUUUCAUUUUGAUUCAGGCCAGGGGGAAUGAUCUAGGGCUGGUGCCUCAGAGGAAUUGGUUUGUAGCAUGAAGAGGGAUGUGGAUAAGAUUAGGGGGUUGGCCCCGGGGAGUGAUCAUUAUUUGGUCAGAAAUGGUGCCACGUCUUCACUGGCGCUAUGCUAGGGAUCCUACGGUGAUUGCUAGAUGUUGCCAUAAGAUCAAUCUCUUAAUGGUAGUCUAUAUCAAACGUUUGAGGGGGGUGCUAAUUCGGCACCAAGAGUUGGAAGCGAUGCUUCCAGGUUAUUUCAGGCAUGAUGGGGGGCAUCUCUGAGAUGUAGGCAUUGAAUUUCUUGAAGGUUUUUAGGACGGUCUCGGUAGGCAUUAUUCAGGAGGGGUGAGGGCGCUCAGGUGGUCAAGCUUUGUGCUGUGGCGGGGGAUUGAGAGAGAAAUUGGGGGAUAGGUCAGCUCAACAGGUGGGAUAUAUUUUAAGUUCAGUAGCAAUAGGAUGUUUGGUUUGGUUUUGGCAUGUUCCAGCUCGUCGGUAGCUCAGAACCUGGGUGUGUAAGGGUACCUCGGUAUACCCCUAUAAUUGGAAAUGGAUGCCCUUGGUGGCUGUGUUAACUGUCUGUGUUAUAUGUUUAUAUGGAUGUAUUGAUGAUAUUUAUGGUGGGGUCAUUGUCUGGGGAUAAAGUUAUAUGUAAAAGUUAUGGUGCUGUGAUGUCAUUAAGUGUUGUUGACAAUUACCAUUAUUAAAUACAAGUUUAAAUAAUUUUAAUAAAGCUGUGAUAAAUUUAACCCAACUUCAAGGUGUCUGUGUUUUAUGGGAAUAGGGUUUUUUAUAAGGGUUACUUUAUUAAGAUGCUCAUAGGACGACUAUGCGCAUGUCAAGGAUUACACAACUAAAUACUAAAGAAAUAAUUCUGUAUAAGAAAAUUACUCUCUUUCAUCACCAUAACCAGUGGUGUAUCCUGGUUUUGUUCUGCCCUAGCCCCGCACCCUCACCCAGCCUUCCCCGCCCGCCCUUCUAAAUACACACAUUCACUGACAGAUACGCAUACACUAGCUAACAGAAACACACACACACACUAACAGACACACUCACACUCACUAACAGACAAACACACACUCACUAACAGACACACACUAACAGACACACUCACUGGCACACACACACUCACACUAACAUACACACACACACACACACACUAACAGACACACACAGUCAGACACACACUCACUCACUAGCAGACACACACACACACUAACUAACAGACACACACACUCACAGGCAAACACACACUCAGUAACAGACACACACAGACACACACUAGCAGACACACUCACUGAUACACACACACAACAGACACACACACACAGUCAGUCAGACACACACACACUAACAGACACACACUAACAGAUACACACUCACUCACUAGCAGACACACACUCACUAACAGACACACACACACUCACAGGCAAACACACUCACACUAACAGACACACACACACAGUCAGACACACACACACACACAGACAGACACAUUAACAGACACACACACUAAGAGACACACUCACACUCACUAACAGACACACACACACACACUAACACACAUACACACACUAACAGACAUACACACACACACUCACAUUAACACAUUUUUUUUUAAUUUAACCCUCCUCCCCCAGCCUCCUUACCUUUGGGAAUGCUGGGGGGGUUCUCCUUCUCCCUGGGGGUCCAGUGGCUGCUGGGCGUGCGGGCUGCUGGGCGGCUGGCGAGGGAGUACUUCCCCUGAGCACUCUGCUCAGCUCCCUCGCGCGCUGCAGAGUGAAGCUGGGAGCCAGAAUAUGACGUCAUAUUCCGGCUCCCAGCCUCUCUCCGCGGCGCGCGAGGGAGCUGAGCAGAGUGCUCAGGGGAAGUACUCCCUCGCCAGCCGCCCGCCUGCGCCUCUCGCCCAGCCCAGCAUGUCAGUUAGCUGCAAGGCUAACAAGACAUUUGCCCUGGGCAUUUGGGGGCGGCGUUUUUUGCUGCCCCCAGGAAAAUGCCGCCCAAGGCAAAUGCCUUGUUUACCUCGCGGCUAAAACGUCCCUGACCAUAACCACCAACAAUUCCAUAAAGUUUGUGUUUUGCAUGACCGAACAAAAAAGGGUAAAAAAAAGAGAAUAACCUUUCAUCUAUGCAGUUAUUCUAUGUACAAUUUAUUGAUGGCCUAUGGGUUUCGUACACAUACAACCGUUUAAAAAAAUGCCUUUACUGUAUGAAUUGUACAAUCAUAGCUUAAAGAAGGGGCAACCAGAGGUGAUGGGGAGCAAGAUAUUGGCGUUUCUCUUGUUUAUAAUACAAGGUCAUUAUAGGUUGGAAAUAACACAGAUUAUGCUUAGUCCAUUUUGUGGACAAUUCAAUAAAUAAAGGGAAAAAACUACUUAAAAGACUCUGCUACUUAUGCUGGUACUCUGCAAGUAGAAACAGGCAGAUACCUAAUCUAUUGUUGUUUGUUUUUUCUUCUCCAGUAAACCCCUGUCUAGCAGUGGUCUGUGGGAUAUGUAGUUCAGCAUCCAUUUAUAUAUAUAUAUAUAUAUAUAUAUAUAUAUAUAUAUAUAUAUAUUUAUUUUUAAAAAAUCUUUAUUUUUGCAUUGACAUAGACUGAAACAGUGCAGUAUAAAGAGGCUUAUGUAGAAGCCUGAUUUCCGUAAAUGCGUCAUAAAUAUUACAUUACAGGACUGGGAAGAGGUGGGUUACAUGCAUGCGGUGCAUUAACUAUCUGAGAUUAGCGUGUUCACAGUCUGCCUGAUUUUCGUUAGUACCAUGGAUAUGUGUGGUAACUCUGGACUUGCCCAUUUUUGUGUUAGUGCCCAUCGUGCUGCUAGAUAUAGCAUGUUUAAUAAUUUUUGUUUGUGUCUAUUAAGUCCCUCAGUGGGUCUGGAGAGCAGGCAUCCCCAGGGGUCUAGUUCUAAUCUUCUUUGAAGAACUUUAGAGCUGAGGUCUUCCACUCUCCUCCAAUAUUCCGUCACUUUUGGACACUGCCACCACAUGUGUAUAUAACUUCCCUUAUCUCCACAAAGAUGCCAGCAGGUAUCAGUGGGAUUCAGCUUCAUGUGACAUUGCUUGACCGGUGUCGUGUACCACCUAAAGACCAUUUUAUAGCAUUGUUCCUGAAGUGUGACGCACAUGGAUACCUUGGUGCACACCUCUGAUAUCUCCUGCCAAUCAUUUCCCUCAAGAACCUCCCCCAGGAUGGCCUCCCAUUGGUCAGUUUACUGAGAGUCCUCCAUUCCCCUGAUUCUGAGCUAAUGUGUGGGUAAAGUAGAUUAAUGUGUUCGGAUCUCUUUGGUUCGUGUGGAGUCCAUAAUAUACGGAUUGCGGAAAUAGUCUCUCGUCUGAAGUGGGGCCUGGGUUCGUAAGUGGUCAUAGGUGACUAUGUCGCCAUUGAUGUAAAGGUGUAUGUAUCUUUGUGGCCCGUGGUCUCUAUGCCCUUUAAGUCUCUAGCCCUCAUUCCCGAGAGAAACAAUCUAUUUCUGAGGAUUGGAGUCAGUUGGUGACGGAUCGUUCCCAAGUGCAUAUUUUUGCGUUACUUGGUCCCAUAUUUGGAUGGAGUUUAGGACAGCUGGGCAUGUCCUUCUUAGUAUGGUCCUCUGUAUUUUAGGGACCCAUAGGUAGAAUUGGGAUAGAUCCGCCCCUGUCAUUAGGGAUUCAAUGUCCACCCAUCUCUUCGGUCCGGGGGUGAGUGCCAGUGUAUGAUCUGGGUCAGUUGGGCUGCUAGGUAGUAGUUGUACAGAUGGGGGAGACUCAAUCCUCCUCUGCACUUGGGCCGGUAUAGUAGGCUGCAGACCAGUCUGUGCCGUUUUUUGCCAUAUAAAAGAGUCUAUUGCUUUUUGCAUAGAUGUUAGGACUCCUCCGGUAACUAUUAUGGGCAGGGACUGGAACAUGAACAGAAGUCUCGGUAGGAUGUUCAUUUUUACAGAAUGUAAGCGCCCCAGCCACGAGAUGGGCUUCUCUGAUGGCGGCCGUGUCCGGGACCGAAAGGUGGAAGGGCAUCGCCACUGACUUGGAGAGAUUGAUUUUUUAGCCGUAGAGGUCUCCGUACUGAUCUAAUAGGGUUAAAAGGUUGGGCAUGCUUUGUAUCGGGUCUGUGAGGGUCAGCAGGACAUCUUCCGCGUAUGCUGAGACCUUAAAGGGUUGGUGUGCUAUUUCUAUGCCUCGGAUCCCUGGUUCUGAUCUGAUGGCCAGAUGCAGUGGUUCGAGGGUGAUUGCGAACAGCAGUGGCGAGAGUGGGCACCCCUGCUGUGUAGCGUUUCCUAAGGGGAAGGGGGUCUUGGAUGACCCAGUGAUGAGUGUUUGUGCUCUGUAUAUGGGAUGCUCGUAAUCAGCGGGGUGGCCCAUAUUGAGUGGAGGGCAUGUUUACGGCCUUGUGCCAGUUCGGUCGGGUGCGUGAGGGCCCUUACUUAUGUUGGCGGGGUUUGUGUUAUUGAGGUUCGGGCUUAUUGUCUCAAUUUGAACUGCACUUGGGUUGGGCCUCUGUGGGGAUAGGCGUGGGUGAGAGCGUGCUCUGCACGUAUUGGGGUAGAGUUACUCCUAAGGAGUGGUGUCAAGAUUCCCACCAUUUUUCCCGUUACCCUCUGUACGUGGGCGCGACAUAUUUAGGCGGGAGCGCCCUGAUGCUGGCAUUUAGUUUAGUUGUGUGCUUUAAAUUGUCGUCCCCUGAGCUGUGUUACACUCUAACAUUACUGUGCAUUCGGUUCAGCUUUGUAAUAACCCUGCUUCUCCCCUCCCGCUGUUUGUCUAAUAAACACUUCUUCCGUAACUACAUGAGCCCACAUUGUCCCGUAUCAUACAAAAUCCCGUUUAUGAUACACUUAGCUGAGUUUCAGCUUCGGAAGAACCAGACAGUUUGUGAGGUAAGUGUUGUAUCCAUUUAUAUUUCUACUAAUAGAUUAUUGCGGCCAUAUUGUGCUAUGAGCCUAUUCACAAUUUGUCGAGUUUUGAAAAUAGGAGUGUUCACAGAGAUUGCCAGAGCUGGCAAUAUAUGGAAUGCUGUAGCUGGGACACACCCUGGGAGCUGGGGAGGUAAGGUGUUUGCAGAUCACUGCAGUGAUAAGUUACGGUGUGAUAAGUUACGGUGUGCAAAGUGCAGUGACAGGGGACCUCCCUGUACCAGAACCUGCGCAAUGACUAUAUGUUGUAUGGUGCUUAGAGUGUCUGUUUAACCCUCCCUUUCUUUCACUUGUGAUAAGAGAAUAAUGAACACUAUAUCUUUUGUUAAAAGAGGGUUCGUUAGACACUUCUAAUUAACCCUCUAUUAACAGUAAUUAACAGAAUUAUCAAGGUCAUGGAGCAAAAUAUUUAGUCAUCUGUAAGAAAAACAAAACAUAUCAGGUAGAAAUUCUCCGCACGAAGAGUGUGUUAUAAACCCCCCCAUGCUUAAAGUGACUUUUAGACGUGUCUAGUAGCACAGGACUUUUCUCUUUGAGACCUGAUCUUGUGGAUAUAACUUUCUAAGGCGUGCGGAAAUGUAAUGCAGGUAUUGGCAUAGCAAGUGCUAUGUUGCAAAGAUGGGAGUGCAGGAGGACCGUGCACUAGAGGUAUUUUCCAAUUAGUUGUGGUGCAGGACGAUGUAAUAGAUUGUCUUGUAGGUUGGAUUUCCUAUUAUCUCGAUUCGCUUUUGCAAGAUCUCCUACAAGUGAGCAGUGACAGUGCAAGAUCCAAAUGCCUAGACAGCCAGGCAGUUAGAUGCCCACCACACUGUAGUCUUGCUAUGUAGAAAAAAAUUAACACAGAAUGCGACAGAGGUGUUUGUUACUAAUUAAAAGGUACUUAAAACCCUUUGUGUACACUAAAACACAACAGGACUAAGGAUAGAGCAUCUACUAAUAAGUUUAUAUUGGCAAUAGUCAACUACUAUUGGUCAGUAGCAUAUCUGUGCAUAUUUGACAUGCAUCUGAACUUUCUGCAGAAUGAUGUACAGUUAUAGAAUUGUAAUAGGUCAUAGAAGGCCAAGAUAACAUGUGGUGCCAACAAGUAACACAGCCAACUUUUUAAAGCAGGUGACAUGACACUGGACAAUAAUCCAUUAUUUACAUAUCUUGGUAAAAAUAAAACCAUUUCAGUGCUGUAUUUUAAUACUGGGGGAAAUAGUGACUAGAAUGGGGCAAAAAAAACCAAAAUAAAACAAAAAAAAUGUAAAGAAAUAAUAAUUAAAAAAUAUAUAUUAUAUAAAUUAAAUGUAUAUAUAUAUAUAUAUAUAUAUAUAUAUAUAUAUAGCUAUAAUAAAACAUACACCAUGAGGAAUUCUUUUAAUUUCCAUGGUGCUGAAAGUUCCAUUUUUUUUUUGAAUAUUGGCCCCAAAAUUCCUGUUUUCACAGCAAACUCUCCCAAUGUAUUUAUGUCCUUUGUUUGAAAAACCGUUUGGCUACUUCCUAACACGUGGCUCCCUUCCGCCUCCUCUAGUCUACCAUUGCGCAUGCGCCAUCUGCAGGCGCGUCGAGCACUCCAACUGAGUGACGUAAAUUGGCGAGCGCCGCCUGCCGGGGACACGUCAUCGGUGUGUGACAUCAGGAAGGUAAUGGUUCUCUCCCAUGUGACUCUUUGUAUGUCUUCUCAUCAUGUCUGCCUGUACCCUCCUGUAUUUAUCCCUCCCAUGGGGCGCUCAGUGAUGGGUUCAGGGGGGAUUGGGGUAGUUAUUAUCAUUAUGAUUUAUAGUAAUUUGCUCUCAGUAUUUGUUUAAUGUUUUUAUUACACACCAGCAGCUAAAUCAUAGCUUCAUCCACUAAAUACCUGCUAUUUCUGUUUAGGCUGAUCUAGCCAAGCUGCCUGUGAAUAUACUCCUGCUGCCUAAUAUCUGUACUUCAGGUUUGUUUUAUUACAAUUCUCAGUUUAGUAAAUACCUCUCUGCCUGUUUAAUGAUUUUAAAAAAAAUAAUUCAGAUUUGUUUAAUUUAAUUUGUUAGGAAUCUAAAGAGAAUCCUUUUAGGCCUCAAUAACAGCAGUCAGCUUUUGAUUUCAGUUAUUUUGUCACAAUAUUGGGAGUUGACAUUUUGGGAAUAACCCUCUUAAUCUUUGGUACACACCGCAUUUAUUUGUUUUGGUAAUAAAACUUAAAAAUAAACACUAUUUAUAAGGCUAGAACAGGGAUAGGCAACCAUCGGCACUCAAGAUGUUUUAUACUACAUCUCCCAUAAUGCUGGCAAUGCAUCAUGGGAGGUGUAGUCCAAAACAUCUGGAGUGCCAAAGGUUCCCUAUCCCUGGGCUAGAAUAUAAUGUUCAAAUUUGUUUUGUACAAUGUUAUAUUAGAACUGGAAUGUUAAACCUUAUUUUUGUGGUAAAAAGUGUUUUGUUCUAUUGCAUUGUUCAGAGUACUUGUAACUUAUUACAUCCAUUGUACAACGCUGAAUUUGUUGGAGCUAUAUAAAUAGUAAUAAUUUACUGUAAUUUGGCAGGUGUAGGUUGCUGUAGGGAUUUGUGUAUUUUUUUAAUUUCUUUUUUUUUAAUUUCUUUUUAUUAUAAAAGUGCAGAUUUCAAUAGAUAUCAUCACUUUUAGAAACCUUCUCCAAAACACUUCUCCAGUUGUCAAUCACACAGCAGGGUAGUGUGGUGGUGUUUUUUGUUUUUUUUAAAUUUUGUAUUCUUCUUCUGUAAACUCUGUAAAAAAAAUGCCUAAAAAUUCAUGCAUAUUUUGUUUGGGGGAUAUCUAUGAGUUGGUUUAAUUCGGUAAUGUUUCUUUUAAAUUGUUUUUAUUUAUUUUUUUAAUUGCAGCAGAAGAUAUUACUUUUGUGCUUUACAUACAAUUUUAUCUUUUAUGAAAUACUUUGUGCUGGAAUUUUAAGGGAAUUCCUACACAGUCAAACUGAAAAGAUAUACUGAGAUGUACUAGUGAAUACUUUUUGCCUCGUUUCCACUGAGAAGUAUGGUUUGGGUCGGAACGGUUCGGAAGGUUUAGAAUGGUCCAGACUAUUCAGGUUAACGUUUCCACUGCAAGUCGUACUGCCAUGGGUCAUGCAGGGUUUAGACCAAAUGCCUAGCGUGUCAUUCUGUCGUGAGCUUUGACAUUUUCCUGUCCUCCAGUGGAUUGUAUAGUGUGAUGCCAGUAGCUCCGGCCUAACCGUACCAUUUACUAGGGGGCCCAGAAAUGGUGCUGUUUGGUUCGGUUGUAUGGGCCACUUUCAUAAUAGAAACACUCAAAAUAGUGUACCGAACCGUAUCACUCAGUGGAAACGGGGCAUUUGUCUCAUGUAAUUGACCAUCUUUGGCAAAAGGUGGCAUUUCUGUUCUCAUGACUAUCACGAUGGCUGAUGGGAACAGGCAUUAUAACAUAAAAAAAUAAAUAAAGAGCAAUUAAACACAUCAAUAUGUUCCAGUAUACCAUAAAAAGUAAUAAUGGAUUUGAUUCAGACAGGAAAACCAACAAAUUCUUUAUUUAGAAAUAAUGAGAUACAGUGAGCACUAUAUUUUAUUCCUUCUAUUUUGGGCUGGAUCGCACCAAUAUUGGACUACUGAUUCGUCUUGUACACCUGCCAACCAGCACCACUUCACAUAUCCUUAAGUGGGGAUCAUUCCACUUCACGCAUUCAAUACCAGAGCUGGAUUUUAGCUCUGGAGACUGUGAGUAGUACUGAUCACCACUAUUUUAUUAUCUUAUUUUGUCUACAUACUGUACCAUUGGAGUCCUGUUUCUUUCCUCAUAUGCUUCUCUGAAUUUCAAGUACAUACCCGAGAAGACUGAUUCCAUUUUACUGUAUUUCAAGAGUCCUUCCUAUGAGCGUGGAUUGCACCAUACUAGAUUUAUGAUAAGUCAUUUGGACUAUUAUUAUUUUUAUUAUCUUUUUUUUUUUAAGGCGCACCCUUUUUUAUUUUGUGUUAUAUUUAUUGUUAGGGGAUUAGAGGGGACUCCCCUUUUUUUUUUCUUGAGGUGUGCAGCCGUGUACUUUUUAUAAAUACUUAUUUUCUGUGGCAGCUUAGCGCUGACUCUUCUCUUUGAUUUCUUUUAUUAUAACAUAAUGUGCACAAAAUUAUCUAGGGAAGACUCCUCGGUCUCAUGGGAUCUUCCGUAGACUCUGACUUGUGCAUGUUGGUGUGUAUAAUAGUGAGAACAGCUCCUGUGAAACUGAGUUGCCGGGAGCUGAAGAAGUGUGGAGAUAAGAAGAUUGCAGUUUUAGUAUAUCUUCCUAUCUGCUCCCCUUCAUGGCCACCUUCACAUAAGCAGUGAUGUUGCCUUGAGAGGUCCUUUAAAAUGCUCCACAAGGGACAGUGCCACCUUAAAGGACCACUAUAGUGCCAGGAAAACAUACUCUGAAACUGCUAUGUUUAUAAAAGAAUGGGUUAACCCUAGAAGGACCUGGCACCCAGACCACUUCAUUAAGCUGAAGUGGUCUGGGUGCCUAGAGUGGUCCUUUAAGUCUCUGUUUUGCAAUGGACAACUAGCAGCUCAUUCAAGGUGUUUGAACUUCAUUUCAUACUGUUUGGAGGAUCAUGGACUUGGUGGUUUAGAAGGGGCUUUGCAGCUUUAGUGUUCCUUGUUUUGUUUGUGGUGUUGCAUUUUCAUUAAACUGUAAUGUUUAAACAUAUUCUUUGAGUAUGUGAUUGAAUCUUGGUGUAGAAGUUGAGAUGCCUUCAGUCUCUGGAUUCCAUCCUCUUGAUUAUGUAAAAAUGCAACACCGGGCUCUCCACUGUGUCUGGAGACGCACCCUUUUGACCUAAAGGAAAACCAAAGACCCCCCCCCUUCUGAAGUCUGGGUGCCUGAAGUGUCCCUUUAACACUUCCGCCUUAUUACUGUCUAACCUUGACAACAGUGAAUGGCAGAAACAAUUGGGGGCAGGGUAGCCCAGUGCUCUCAGCCUAUUAGUGCCACGCAGUUUGCACAAAUUGGUGGGGAAAUGCACCUGGAGACCCCAAGCAACAUAACUUCACCAAGAUGUGCUAAUGGUGUGGCUUAGGGUACCACUUUUUUUUUUUUUUUAAAGCAAGAGUGUCAUACUGAAGGAAUGCCUGAGCGUGCAUGCGCUUAUAUGGCAUUUAUCUUUACAAGUCAGUGAGUGUGCCCAGGGGCACGACAUGGAAGUGCUGUGAUUGCCACAGCAUUCUGAGGUGAGGGAAAAAGAAACUUCCAUCUCAGAGAAUUCUGUAGCACUGUACAUUUUAAGUGUGAGAAUAAAAAAAAUAAAACAAAGAUAUAAUAUACAUAUUUUAUUUUUAUUUUGUUUUCUGGGCAUGUGCUGAAGUCCUGACAACCAAAAAUCGAAGUAUUCAAAAUAAGUGGACUUUGAUGCAAAGUGUUGACCAAGGUUUAUGUAUGUGUUGGUUCUGUUCUGCUGCAGAAUAUGAAUUGAUGAACUAUAACUCCUAGAAAUCUAAGACGUGCCAUCAUUCAGAUCAUGCUUUUUGGAUUAGAAAAGGAAAUGCUGGGGUUUGGGAUUAAAAAUCAGAGGUUUAUGGAGCAAAUUUAUUUUUUAAAACUAAAGAGACUAAAUAUAAAAGUCAGUCCCAUCCAGCGCAUAUAACUUUAGGAUUAACACCUUUUUUGUUGUUUUUGCAUUGUUGGCAUGGUAUGAUAUAGUUCCUGUUGACUUCCACGCCCCCUCCGACAUCACACACUCUUCAAAGCCUGUGGUCGGACUAUUUAGUUGGCAUGCAUGCACUUUAGGCCCAGUAGAGAGAGGGUGGGUUUAUUUUUGAAAGACUUUAAAACUUUUUUAUUUUAUUUUUAUUUUUUUUAUGUGCGAUGGAAGAAGGCAGGAAGGAGCACACAGUCAGAGGGAGGGGAUAGCAAUCUUUCCCUUGCAGGCUCUUUACAUGCAAGGGAAAUGAUCAUGUCUGUAACAAUCGUGCUGUGCGUGCUGAUGACAAAUGCAAAAUAUGCACAGAAUUUACAUUCCGGGGCUGCACACAAUAAUUCCGUAGAUGUGCAUUGUUUCAAGCAGAAACACUGCACAUACUUCUACAACCAUGACCACUUCAUAUCACUGAGGUGGUGGUUGGAAUAACCAUCUAAGCUAAUGUUGUUUGAGUACUUAUAGUGUCCCUUUAAGAUCUGUAACCUUCUGUGUUACUGGGAAGCAGGAAGUUCAUCCAGUGUGGCAAGUUAUCUCCCUAGUGGAAGUACUUUCAAAGGCAUGUUUAAUUCAUUUGGCAAGGUUAGAGAUGCAGUGAAACACUCAUUUAAAGAAAUGGUAAAUACCCAGUUUGGCAAUUAUUGAUAAAGAAAUAAUGUAUUUGAUUUUCUCAGGUCAGCUAUGGAUUCCAACCACUUAAAGGGACACUCCAGGCACCCAGACCACUUAUGCCCAUUGGAGUGGUCUGGGUGCCAGCUCCCACUACUCUUAACCCUGCAACUGUAAUUAUUAUAAACUGUUUUUUUUUUAUAAACUGCAAUAUUUACCUUGCAGGGUUAACUCCACCUGUAGUGGCUGUCUACUAGACAGCCACUAGAGGGCACUUCCUGGUUUCUAGCACAGGAAACCUGUGCUACAGCGUAUGUAUUUUCAAUGCUUUCCUAUGGGGAGUGCUAAUGCGCAUGCGCGGCAUUGCCCCGCAUGUGCAUUAGGUCUCCCCGGCUGGUGGGCGGGAUCAGUCUCGCCCACCGGCCAACGCAAUCGGAGGUAGGAGUGGCGCGGAGGGAGAAGCAGCGAUGUUGGACAUCGUUGCUGCCUCUGGUAAGUUACUGAAGGGGUUUUCACCCCUUCAGGAACCGGGGAUUGGGGGGUGGGAGGGAGAGGGGACCUGCAGUGCCAGGGAAACGGAUUGUUUCCUGGCACUGGAGUUUCCCUUUAAAGGUCACUUUAAACAUUAUUAUAACAUCUGCAUAGAGCCCUCUUGCCCAUAGUACACAGUGGAUUCUAACUGCAGUAAUUUGCAAAAAUGACUGCCCAUAGAACCAUUCCGAUACCAUUCUAAGUCCGAUACAUGUUGAACACAUCCCUUCUCUUACCAACUAUGUCUGUGACUGUGCGUGGGCAAUAGGAGGCUUGGGAGGUUAUUGCACACAGCACUAUUCACAAAACUGUAAUCUGAUGAGUGGAACUGCAAUUAGGGUCUAAGCUACAUAUCCUUUAAAACAUCUGCUGGACAAGUGUUUAUGGGAUAAACCACCGACCUCCAUAGACCAGAAUGUGUAGCUCCUGAUGGGUAGAAUGAAAAGCUCUCCCUCCCGUUGUUGGAAAUUCAUAGUGAAUUUCAAAUUUUAAGGUCAAAGUAGCUGAUCUGACAGCAGAGGUGACUUGGAGAAUUUUAACCCUGUAAGUGUUCGUAUUUUCAGAGUACUCGUGAUGAGGUUUGCACAUUGGCAAAAACAAUACCAUCCAAAUAUAUAAUUGUGUUCUUCCAGUAACGAGUUUUUACCCUCUUUUCUCUUCGUAGUGAUUUGAUGCUUUGGAUAAAACCGCUUACAUCAUGAGCCAGUUACAGCCGGAACACGAUUCCUAUGCAAUAGAAGAACCCAGUGAUGAGGAACCGGGACUUAGCAGGUACAUUUCUGAAAAUAUAACCGUCAUAAUCAGUCAUCCAUUACCUUCUCCUGCUGUACAAGUCUGCAAACAGCAGGAGCUGUGCUCUGAGUUUGCAACCACAUACCAUACAAUAGUUUUCUGCAGGUUGAGGAUGAUCACUGGGUAUAAUCAGGCCGUGAAUUAGCAAUUGGAUAUCUGAUUAUGCUACUAUGGUUAGAAUAUCAGAAGGUUGAGGUGGAGUUUGGGCACCAGGGAUGAAAAUGGCAAAAAAUAACAGGUAAUCUCGCACGACCAGAUUCCUAACUUCAUAACAGCUACAGUGCUUGGUGAAACCUUUUAAACUCUAAUAUUUUGUAAUCUGUGCCCUUUACAAUAUAAGGAUAUUUUGACCAUCCUUUUAACAUAAUCCGUGAAUAGUUUGAUUGUGUGUUUAUUCCCUUGUGUUUAUUUUAGCUCUGAGGAUGAACUGGAUAUACUUUUACAUGGGACACAAAAACAGAAACUCAAGCUGAUUCGUGAAUGUCUGACUGGAGAGAGUGAAUCGUCCAGCGAUGACGACUUUGAAAAAGAGAUGGAAAAUGAGUUGAGCAGCACUAUGAAAACAAUGAAGGGGAGCUGGCAGACUGCUGGUCCUAGUUCAGGUUUGUAGAAGUGAAAGGUGGUGUUUGGAUGGUUCUCCUGGGUAUUAAUGGACAGCGGUCACCUCCAAAAAUUUAUUUUAUUAGAAUAAUUAUUUCGUCAAGUAUUGGAAGGAUAUUGUUAAAUCCGCACUGUCACCAAUUGGGGACUUGGCCAAAUUCACAAAGUCUCCCCACGUUGAUAUCGCCACUGGUGGUCGAGGAGGGGGGCAGUUAAAAGUGAGUUUACUUACCUGACCCUCACAAGCGCCGCUAUCUUGGUCUGGUGAGGUCCUCCUAGGCAAUGAUGUCACUGCUGCACUCUCACGCAUGCGCAAGAGUAGAGUUUUGAGGUCUGUGGUGGAUUUUGUGAGACUGCGGGAUCCUCCCUAGACACAGCCAAUUCCCUGCAGAUGUCAUCAGUGAUGGGUGCAGGGAAUUGGCUGUGUCCUAUGGAGGAUCCUGCCUUGUGUCUAUGUCAGGUGAAGGAGAAAUGCAGAGAAAAAGUAUUCCCUACUUUGUCUCAGUAUGUCUCUCGACUUGUUUGAAUUUCAGUGAAAUUCGAACACCGUCAUAAGAAGUAUUUCAUAAAGAUUUUAUCUUUUAUAAAAUACGAAUUUUUCAGGGGCAUGACAGUGCAGCUUUAAUUACAGGAAAAAUAAAAAAAGAUUUUAACAGCAAUACAAAUCUCGGUACCAACGGAUAUUAAUUUUAUAUACAGUAUAUGUAAUAAAUUUUUUUAUAUAUAUAUAUAUAUAUAUAUAUAUAUAUAUAUAUAUAUAAUAUAACUGUGCCCUUCAGCCAUCUACAUGCAGCUUGGACUAGUCAGUGUAUAGAAACAGAAAGUUAGUCUCUGUGGCCUUCCCUGCUUCUGUGCACUGUCUGACCCAAGGUGCAUGUACACUGACCGAUGAAGUAAAUAACCGUCAAGUCAGUUCUUGAAUUGCAUGUGUUGGAAGCAGGGACUUUGACAAGGGCCAAAUAGUGAUGGCUACACAGCCAAGUCAAAGCAUCUACAAAACAGCAAGUUUUUUGGGGGAUGUUCACUAGGGAUCGACCGAUAUUGAAUUUUUAUUUUUUAUUUUUUUUUAGAGCCGAUACCGAUAAUCUGUGAACUUUCAGGCCAAUACCUUACAAAUAUUCUGUACAUUUACCAUUUUGAAAAAAAUAAACUAUUUCUAAAGGUAAAUGCACAAAAUAUACAUGCCACGUGUAGUGGAUGCAGUUUGUUUAGACAGGGGAGCUGUGUGUGUUUGUGUAGUGGAUGCAGUGUGUAUUUGUGUAGUGUGUGUAUAUAUAAUGAAUGCAGUGUAUAUUUGUGAAGCGUGUGUGUGCAUAUAAUGAAUAAUGUAUUUGUGUAGUGUGUGUGUGUGUGUGUGUGUGUGUGUAUGUAUAGUGAAUGCAGUGUGUUUUUAUAUAAUGAAUGCAGAGUGUGUGUUUGUGUAGUAUGUGUAUAGUGAAUGCAGUGUGUGUGCGUAUAUAAUGAAUGCGUAGUGUGUGUAUAUAAUGCAGAGUGUGUGUUUCUGUAGGUAUGUAAUUUGUGUAAAAUGGGGGGGAAGGGGAGGCAUUUUUUAUUUUACUUUUUAUUCCCUUCUCCCUGCUUCUUACUUAUCCAGGGAGGGUGGAUUUGGCAUUCCCUGGUGGUCCAGUGGCAUGAACUAUGCAGUGGGAGCCCAGCAAGCGCUUACUUACCUUCCCAGCAGCUCCCUUCAGCUCCCCUGUGUAAAUCUCGCUGCCAGCGUGCAACGCUCUGAAGGCUGCGGGACUCGCAAGAUUUAAACAGGGGAGCUGAAGGUAGCUGCUGGGAAGGUAAGUAAGCGCUUGCUGGGUCCCCCAGGACCGCUGGGCUUUUUAAUGGACCAGGCGCUCCUGGUAUGUAUUAUCGGCAAUAUCGGUAUCUCUAUAAGCUGAUACAGAUAUUGCCUGUAAUGCUGACCGUGAUAGAAAGGUGUCAGAACACACAGUGCAUCACAGUUUGCUGCAUAUGGGGCUUUGUAGCUGCAAACCGGUUAGAGUUCCCAUUAUGACCGCUGUCCACUGGCGAAAGCACCCUCAAUGGGGAAGUGAGCAUCAGAACUGGAUUAUAGAGUAAUGAAACAAGGUUGCCUGGUCUGAUUGAUCACAUUUCCUGUUAGAUUGGGUAAAUGGUCGGGUAUAGGUGUGUGCCUUUUUACCUGGGGAACAGCGGUCAUUAAGAUGCACUAUUGUAAAAGGGCAGGUCUGCUGAGGCAGUGUGCUACUCUGUGCAAUGUUCUGCUGGGAAACCUUGGGUCCUGCAAUUCAUGUGGAUGUUUGUAACGGACCGUUUUGCACACAAGGGGUAAAAACCGUUUAGGCGAUCGGCCCCCUUUCCAGAGAUACAGGCACAGCUACUGCAGAACACCAAACUCCCAAACUGGAUACAAAAUAGCACUCCAACUCCCGAACUGGAACCUCCCAAAUAGCUGCUAGCAGACGAACAGGAAAAGCAGACAAUCAGCUUACACUCCUGGCAAUCAGUCUCUAACAGCAUACAGUGAAUCCCCCCAAGAACGAGACAAGGCUCUGUGUUGAGGGUCAAGCAGUGGUCUGAGGUGCUGGCACACCCAGCCUGGUUUUUAUUACAGUCUUGCAAAUACAGGACCGCCCACAGGGAGGUAUAAAAUAUCCAGUAACAUAUUAGUUACAACCCACAGAUUCCCUCCCCCUUAUCCAGAGAGGUAACCCAAUACACAUACCUUUUACCACAAUGCAUCCUGGCUUCCUCUCCUCUGCCCAGGGGAUAAUUGAGAAGUAAUUCAAUUAUCUCCCAGGACAGGGACAAGACUCCAUUAUGCACAUGGUGACACAAAGACAGUAAAACACUUUAAAAUACAUAAAGUCACAUUUGUUACAUAACACACAGACAUUUAACAUAUCCCCAGAUAGCUCAGGUCUGAGCGCACAUUAUUAAGUGAAUGGCGCUCAACCACACGAAUACAGUUUAAUCGCCAUGGAGCCAAAGUCUUUACAGUCAGUUUCAUACGAAUGGGCUCCAUGGGAUUCCUAUCUGGGGUAUAACACAUUCAAACAAAUCUACCGAACCCCAGGCAGAAAAGCACGAAUGAAGCUUUUCUGCAGGUAAAAAAGAUGUCUUAACAGGGGGCCAUAGUCCAAAGGUAGCAGGCGAGCAACCAGGCUUCUCUAAUGCAAUGUGGCGAGAUUGGUCUCGUCACAAUGUUACUUUGACAGUACCACCUACCUAGAAAUUGUGACAGACGACAUACACCCAUUCAUGGCGAUGGUGUUCCCUGAUGGCAGUGGCCUCUUUCAGCUGGAUAAUGAUGUCUUGCUUCAGUGCAUCAGAGUGGUUUUGGCAGCAGGGAGGGGAAGCUACACAAUAUUAGGCAGGUGAUUGUAUUCAAUAUUGUGGCUGAAGUUUUCUGUCAUACCCUAAAUGUAGGGAUGAGUCUCUCAGAUUUUUUUUAUUUAUUUUUUUAAUGCAGUAUAUGUACAGAGAUUUAUUUUCAAUACUUACAAUUAUUUAUUAAUUAAUGUUUUACAAAUAAGACAUGAAAGAAAAAAAAUAGGACUGAAAGAGGAGUCCUAAGUGGAAGAGUAAAAAGAGUGACGCGAUUGACAGGCGGGCGGACCUAAGGGAUAUCGGACCAAUGGGCAGCUAAUAUGAGCGAUCGCCAUUAGACACUGCCGAAAUAGUAAAUCAUGAUCUGAUAAUAUCACACAAUACACUCCCAAUUGCUAUAAUAUUGAGACUAAUCUUCGAAGUGUUGCGAUCGUUGUAUUACGCUCUUUCACUUAUUUCAGUAUUGCGUCCUGUGACGCGAAUAAUAAGGGGCGUACCUAAUGAACGUUUUGACCAAUGAGGACUUAACAUAGAUGUCAACAAUUAAUUGACCUAUGAGAGCCCAACACGGACGGUAACACACGUGGCUCUCAACAGCCUUUUCCAUUUCUCUUGUUACAACUAAGGGUAUUUAAACAGUUACAAGGAACUUAGAAAGUUUAUUGCUCCUGAUGACGGCGUGCUAAAAACGCCGAAACGCGCGUCGAGUUUAUUUAUUUUUAAUUAUUAUUUUUGAUUUGUUUUGCACCUUAGGUAGCACAGAUGGAUUCAUUUUAUUUCACUUUAGUUAUGUUUUUUAGGCAGGGAUAGAGGCUGUAUUGAAGGCACUUGUAUUUCUUUACAGUGCCGAGGUAACUUUUUUUAGGGACAGCAGACUUUUUACAGAAGUCACUGUCUGGGUUUAGCUUUAGGGCAACUUUUCUAUAUUUCCCACCUCCUUUCCCCCUCUCUUCUUGUAGUUACCUCUGUCUCUUUGGUAUUUAGUAUUUGUGGUAUUUGAACACCGAGAUUAGGUAUUUACUGGGUAGACCCUUUAGUUAUUUAUUGGUUUUCAGGGUCCGCUCUGUAUGGUUCAUUAUUACCACAUCUUUUUCCACCUGUCCUAUUGAGUGUAUCCUUAGGAUUAUUAAAAGGUAGGGACCCCCAUUUUUCUCUUUUUACUCUUCCACUUAGGACUCCUCUUUCAGUCCUAUUUUUUUCUUUCAUGUCUUACUUGCAAUUAGGGAGAGUAAUUUUUUAAGGGCUAGUUGGCACUAAUUCAGUAUUACUUAUCAUUUAAUGUUUUACAAAACAAUGCUUUAGUCACCAAGGAGCCUAUAAAUUGGAUCUUUGUAGGCAAAGUAAGAAUAAUUAUAGACCCUACAUCAUUACACAGAAUGGCUGGAUGUAAACCUCUCCUGGCCAAUGAAACCCAGACUCCUCCUGCCCGCAUGGUAGCCAUUGUAGCUGUACUAUAAUUAUAUGGACAAUGUUGUUAGAGAAGUACAGGAUGUACCUAUCAGCCAAACACAGCAAGAAGAAAAUGAGAGUGGAAAGCACAGUGGUAUUUUUGGGAGGGGAGCCUAGAUAUCUGUGCUGACACGUGUUACAUCUCACAAUCAAUAGAUUGACAGGGACAGCUUUUAACAGACCAACAAUCCUAACAGUCACUUUCCUUAUUUAUUGAUCCACUUCUUAUCAGUGUCCCUACUUACAGUCUUUCCAUCUUCAAACAAUAUCUAUAGCUCUGCAGAGUUCUACCUGGACUGUUUGAUUAUUUCCGUUUUCAUUUUACUUUCAAUUCCAAACUUUACAUAGCGUCUACAGUGAAUGAUAAUAGUAAUAAAAGCCUUUUUAUUGACUUUUUUUAUAGAGUAUUUAAUCAUGCAUUGCCAUUUCAUUAACAUACAGGGUUAUCCAUUUAAAAUGUGAAUUUCAGAUCCGACCUAGACCAUCGUAGCGAGCAUAGAGAAUCUGUUUAGUUCUGUUACUUUGGCCUAAAGUGUGAAAUUUAAUUUGAAGUAAAGAUGUUAUGGAAAAAGCUACUUGACUCCCAAAUACAUUGAAUACAUCAUAUCACAAAGAUACAUAGUGUAUUCAAUGUAAAAUAUUGAGGGAUGCCCCCCUCACCUUUUUUGCUGAGCCAUCUUUUGAGCUUUGCAUGUUUUACGUACCACAUAUCUCCGGUCCAUCCUCUGCUCCUAAUGCUGUCUUCUAUGAUUGGGGACCCGUCUAGGGCAAACCUCCUCAGUGAUUGAUUUUUUUUGCCGGCGUCUAAACAUAGUGGUGUUAGUUUCCAUAGCAACUGAAGCAUGCACUGUAGUUCCUAUGUGUGGGAGAGCAGAAGGACCGCCUGCAUGAGUUCUUUUCUGCUCUCCAUUGUCGGCAUAGUCUGUGCCAAAGAUUUUACUGAGAACUGGGUGAAAGACCUAUUUGUAAAUCGUGUCUUUAGUAAAACUGGCAGCACAAUGUGUAGAUGAAAUUUUGUGCUCUUUCAAAAGUGGUUUGAGGUUAUGACCGGGUCCCCCUUAAAUUCCGGACAUUGCAAAGAUUAGUGAAUAUUCUCCAAAAAUAAAUAGAUAAUAUAUAGUCUGGUUAUAAUAUAUAUUGGUGUUGGCCUAGCGAUAGAAGCCAUAUUAGUCCACAUAAAAAAAAAAAAAUCCGUAGAAUAAUGACCACUAUGUAUCCUCACCAGCCCCUACUCCAGUCCAGUAUUCAGAGGUAGUAGAUGAAUGGGACCCCCGGUUUCUCUUCCUGUGGGAUUUAUUUCGAUUCACUUUUCAAACUGUUUUGCCUUAUGUUAAUAAUAGUAAUACAUAUCAAAGAAAUUGUGUGGUAUUUACAGGUGAAUUCAUGUUGGUCACUGCUGUGUACAAAAGUGUAUUUGUCCUAGUAUUUGUAUUGUUUCGUCAAAGUAUUUUGUAAGUAAUGAUGACAAUCUCAAGGGGGCUGCAUAGGAUAAGAUGUAUUUAUUUUUGCAUUACCAAAUGUUGACUGUAAACGUGCUAUGUAUUCCAGAUGUGCCUGCUGCCACCACAUCGUCUGAGAGCACACCACAGCAAUUUUACGAUGAUAUAUAUUUUGAUUCUGACUCUGAAGAUGAAAGCAGCAAUGGUAAAUAUAAAAAUCACGUUCACUCUUUGAUAUGAUCAUGGUUUUCUUCCUUGCUUAAUGCAUUUUGAUAUCCACUUAAAGCACCACUCUAGGCACCCAGACCACUUCAGCUUAAUGAAGUGGUCUGGGUGCCACGUCCCUCUAGGAUUAACCCUUUUUUUUUAAUAAACAUAGCAGUUUCAGAGAAACUCCUAUGUUUAUAAAUGGGUUAAUCCAGCUUCUAAAGCCUCUAGUGGCUGUCUCAUUGACAGCCGCUAGAGGUGUUUGCGUGCUUCUCACUGUGAAAAUCACAGUGAGAAGACACCAGCGUCCAUAGGAAAGCAUUAUGAAUGCUUUCCUAUGAGACUGGCUGAAUGCGCAUUCAAGAGGAGAGGAGGAGAGCUCCCUGCCUGGCGCUGGAAAAAAGGUAAGAUUUAACCCUUUCCUGGCCAUCCAGCCCGGCGGGAGGGGGAACCUGAGGGUGGGGGCACCCUCAGGGCACUAUAGUGGUUCUUUAAGGGACACUACGCAACCAGACCACUUCAGCUCAUUGAAGUGGCCUGGGCGCCGUGUCCCUUUUUUACACCUAGUGCUGUAAUUUUAAACAAUGCAGUUCCAGAGAAACUGCAAUGUUUACAUUGCUGCACUAAGUCAGCCUUUAGUGGCUUCCUGGAUUGAAACAGACCUUUGGUUCGGUGUCUGACGAUGGAUGUCUUCACACUCUGCCUGACCUCCAGAGUCAGAAUUUUCCCCAUAGGAAAGCUUGUCACCAGACGACGUCGAAGGGGGUGGAGCAUUGACUCAACGCCGAGGGACAUUGGCACCGGGAUCAGGUAAGUAAAUAGGUUUUUAACCCUUUAUUUACCCGGGAGGGGAUAAGGAGGCAGGGGGAGUGAUAGUGCCAGGAACACAGCUUUGUAUUCCUGGCACUAUAGUAUCCCUUUAACCCCUUAAGGACCAAACUUCUGGAAUAAAAGGGAAUCAUGACAUGUCACACAUGUCGUGUCCUUAAGGGGUUAAUCAAGUAAUUCAAAACCUUCUAGAUUUGUUACAAUAUAGUGAGAUUCACACAAACCUUGCUAUGAAGGGGGUUAAAUGAUUGUUACAUAUUUUUAAUGAUGAUCUGUACAAUAUUUAUGGUAUAACUAGCAAUUCCAUCUUUAUUUGUAAAUGCAAUGCAUACUAAUUUCAAACUCUUUAAUUUGUAGAAUAAGACCGGUGUAUAAAAUACAAGUACAUCACCAUAAAUCAACAAGAUUGUGAAUUUAUUGUAGUGUGAACCCCCAUAAUUGAGUUAACCCUUUCUACCAUCCAGUUGUCUUUAAAAAAAAAUGAAUAUUGAACGUCACGCUAGUAAGAUGGUUAAUAAAUUGCACUUUUCAAGCAAAAGUGAAACAUUUUUACUCCGUGCUAACCACAUUCUAGCUCACUGGAUUUUUCACCAAACUGGCACCUGACCAGGCUAUCGUACAUUUUAGAUCUAUGUAGCAAUAAUUCAGAAUUUUAUAAUUUAAACUAUAUAUUUGCAGUUCCUUGUUUAAUCAAUAGCUCUAUUAGUGUUGGAAUAGAAGUAUAAAUUGCAGUUAUGUCACGACUGCAGAGCUGUAAGCACACGGCACAGUUAGCUGAACAUUGUACACAUUUUGUGGCUCUAGACCAGGCUUCCCUAAACUCCGGCCCUCCAGAUGUUGCCGAACUACAACUCCCAUGAUUCUAUGAAUGAAAUAUAGGAUGAGAAUCAUGGGAGUUGUAGUUCAGCAACAUCUGGAGGGCGGAGUUUGGGGAAGCCUAAUCUAGAUCCUCUUAAAUCAUUUCUUAGUCAUUAAUUCACCCCUCCCCUUAGCUGCAGUUAAGAAGAUCAAGCCGAGGCGAAAAAACCAUCCAGUACUGACCAAUGAUGACCUUCUGUAUGACCCACAAGAGGAUGAACGGGACCAGGAGUGGGUUGAUGCCAGGAGAAGACGGUAAGCUCGGAAGCUCUGUACUGCCCAGCAUAAUGAUACCAGGCUAAUGGGGAGGGCCAGCACUCCACUCAAGAUUUGGGUGCAAAUCUCCAUGUUCUCCUUCCAGUUUAUCUUGCAAACAGUAUAGAACGCAAUAAGAAGCCGCAACACCACAGUAGAUGGCAAAGAGACUUAUUCCGCCUGUGUAGACCCAACCUCAGGGUCUUUACCAAGCCUUGAUAAGGCUUAAAGCGGCACGGUCAUUGCGGAAUCCAGUUUUUGGUCUUUACCCCCCUCCCGACUCCACUACAUCUAAUUGUCCCCCUAAGCCCCCAAAUGCACCUAAGCUCCCCAUAUUACCUAUUUAUUUAUUUUUAAAACAAAUGUAAAAUUGUUAUUUUCUGCCUGGACUAAGGUUCUGGGCGCCGCCAUCUUUGUGUGGGUUGAUGAAGUCCCUGUGGGACACGUCAUCUGCCCACAACAGAUAGCGCGGUGAAAUUCCCGCGCAUGCCCAAUUAAACAAUUGGGCAUUCGCUACGGGAAUUUCGUCUAUUCAUUCGUCAGAAAGAUGAAUGAAUAGAAAUUUCAGACUAACAAACACUGAAUAUCGGUGUUCGUUUGUUCAGUUUAUUAGGUGCGCAGCUCCGUCAGGAAGCAGUGCUCUCCGCCACUUCCGAAGACCCCCCCUUGUCCUCCCUCACUCUAUUGGGGUCAAUAUGACCUCCAUAUUGGCAUAUUAUCAUACUCGCUAUGUCGCGUCUAUUAACUAGCGGGGGGGACAUAGUGUCGCCCCCCCCACCUGUGUCCCACGAGUCAGGGCUAUGCAAAUAAAUGAGGACAUAAUGUCCCCCCACCAUGAGCAGGUGGGGGUCCUAAUUGAAAACGGGGGGACGGGACACCUAUUUUGACAUUUAGCCCCCACCCGUUGCCCGUGGGUGGGGACCAGAAGGAGGACAAUAAUUGUCCUCCCAUCCGCCGCUCAGGGUUGGGGGCCAGGGAGGGAGGACAAUAGGUGUUGUUUUAUCACACAGCACAAUGCCACAGAUGUCGCAAGUUUUAAAGGAAGUGUGCAAUUGGCAUGCUGACUGCAGAAAUGUCCACCAGAGCUGUUGCCCAUGAAUUGAAUGUUCAUUUCUCUACCAUAAGCCAUCUCCAAAGGCAUUUCACAGAACUUGGCAGUACAUCCAACUGGCCUCACAAGUGCAGACUACGUGUAACCACACCAGCCCAGGACCUCCACAUCCAGCAUCUUCACCUUCAAGAUUGUCUGAGACCAGCCACUCGGACAGCUGCUGCAACAAUCGGUUUGCAUAACCAAAGAAUAUCUGCACAAACUGUCACAAACCAUCUCAGGGAAGUUCAUCUGCAUGCUCGUCGUACUCAUCGGGGUCUCGACCUGACUGCAGUUCGUCGUCGUAACUGACUUGAGUGGGCAAUUGCUCACAUUCGAUGGCGUCUGGCACUUUGGAGAGGUGUUCUCUUCACGGAUGAAUCUCGGUUUUCACUGUACAGGGCAGAUGGCAGACAGCGUGUAUGGUGGCGUGUGGGUGAGCGGUUUGCUGAUGUCAAUGUUGUGGAUCGAGUGGCCCAUGGUGGCGUAGGGGGUUAACAUAGAAACCUAGAAUGUGAUGGCAGAUAAGAACCAUUCGGCCCAUCUAGUCUGCCCAAUUUUCUAAAUACUUUCAUUAGUCCCUAGCCUUAUCUUAGAGUUGGGAUAGCCUUAUGCCUAUCCCAUGCAUGCUUAAACUCCUUUACUGUGUUAACCUCUACCAUUUCAGCUGGAAGUCUAUUCCAUGCAUCCACUACCCUCUCAGUAAAGUAAUACUUCCUGAUAUUAUUUUUAAACCUUUGCCCCUCUAAUUUAAGACUAAUGUCCUCUUGUUGUGGUAGUUUUUCUUCUUUUAAAUAUAGUCUCCUCCUUUACUGUGUUGAUUCCCUUUAUAUAUUUAAAUGUUUCUAUCAUAUCCCCCCUGUCUCGUCUUUCCUCCAAGCUAUACAUGUUAAGAUCCUUUAACCUUUCCUGGUAAGUUUUAUCCCGCAAUCCAUGAACCAGUUUAGUAGCCCUUCUCUGAACCCUCUCUAAGGUAUCAAUAUCCUUCUGAAGAUACGGUCUCCAGUACUGUGUACAAUACUCCAAGUGAGGUCUCACCAGUGUUCUGUACAAUGGCAUGAGCACUUCCCUCUUUCUACUGCUAAUACUUCUCCCUAUACAACCAAGCAUUCUGCUAGUCUAUUAUAUUGUCUGCCUACCUUUUAAGUCAUCAGUAAUAAUCACCCUUAAAUCCCUUUCCUCAUAUGUUGAGGUUAGGCUCUAUCAAAUAUUCUGCACUCUGCCCUUGGGUUUUUACAUCCAAGAUGCAUUAUCUUGCACUUAUCCACAUUAAAUGUCAGUUGCCACAAUUCUGACCAUUUUUCUAGUUUACCAAAAUCAUUUGCCAUUUGGCUUAUCCCUUCUGGAACAUCAACCCUGUUGCAUAUCUUGGUAUCAUCAGCAAAAAGACAUACCUUACCAUCAAGACCUUCUGCAAUAUCACUAAUAAAAAUAUUAAAGAGAAUGGGUCCAAGUAGAGAUCCCUGAGGUACCCCACUGGUGACAAGUCCAAGCUUCGAAUAUAUUCCAUUAACUACAACCCUCUGUUGCCUGUCACUCAGCCACUGCCUUACCCAUUCAACAAUAUUGGAAUCCAAACUUAAAGAUUGCAGUUUAUUGAUAAGCCUUCUAUGUGCAACAGGGUUAUGGUAUGGGCAGGUGUAGGUUAUGGACAACGAACACAGGUGCAUUUUAUUGAUGGCAUUUCGAAUUCACAGAGAUACCGUGACGAGAUCCUGAGGCCCAUUCAUCCACAACCAUCAUGUUGCAGCAUGAAAAUGCACGGCCCCAUGUUGCAAAGAUCUGUACACAAUUCCUGGAAGCUGAAAACAUCCCAGUUCUUGCAUGGCCAGCAUACUCACCGGACAUGUCACCCAUUGAGCAUGUUUGGGAUGCUCUGGAUCGGCGUAUACCACUGCAUGUUCCAGGUUCUGCCAAUAUCCAGCAACUUUGCACAGCCAUUGAAGAGGAGUGGACCAACAUUCCACUACUAAACAACCUGAUCAACUCUAUGCGAAGGAGAUACUGACUGGUUUUCGGACCCCCGCAAUACAGUAAAACUGCACAUUUUAGAGUGGCCUUUUAUUGUGGCCAGCCUAAGGCACACCUAUGCAAUAAUCAUGCUGUCUAAUCAGCAUCUUGAUAUGCCACACCUGUGAGGUGGAUGGAUUAUCUCAGCAAAGGAGAUGUGCUCACUAACACAGAUUUGUGAACAAUAUUUUAAGAGAAAUAGGCCUUAGAUCUUUGAGUUCAGCUCAUGAAAAAUGGGGGCAAAAACAAGUGUUGCGUUUAUAAUUUUGUUCAGUGUAUUUUGAGGUUUGACCACUUGCACAUUUGGUUAUUGUUAUCAAGGCAUGAUCAAGAUCCUGAGGUUGGGUCGAAAUGUUGCCGGUUCCACACAGGUGGAAUAAAUCUCUUGGACAUCUACGUUUGUGUUGCAGCACCUUAUUGCUUUUUAAUACUGUACUGCCCAGCAUGUCUCGUUCACAUAAAUUGUACUUUGCUGUGAGGCUUAUUCAACCACCAUAAGCUCUGGAGAGGUUUAUUUGCCAAAAUAGGAAUUGUGACACGCAGUCUCUUUCCCCCCCACCUCCAUUGUAAACUCAAACUGUUCUUUACCCACAAUAUUUAGAACUCCUAGUUAAUUUGCAAGGGAUUGUCAUUGCCCUUUCCAUGUGGUUACCAGAUAAUACAGACCUUUUAAAUGGACACCAGAGUCACCAAAACAACUUUAGCUUAAUGAAGCAGUUUUGGUGUAUAGAUUAUGUCCCUGCAGUCUCACUGCUCAAUUCUCUGCUAUUUAGGAGUUAAAUUGGUUUGUUUGUGCAGCCCUAGUCAUAUCUCCCUACAUGUGACUCACACAGCCUUCAUUAACGGUUCCUUUAAAGAGUCGUCUAAUGUUUACACUUCCUUUUAUAGCAAAUUCUGUCAAUAGCUUGCUCCAGGAGCCUCUUGUAUGUAAUUUAAAGCUCAAUUUACAGUGCAGACAUGAACAAGAACAAAAAUGAUUUAAAUCCUAAAUGUGAAUUGAGCAGUGAGACUGCAGGGACAUGUUAUAAACCCAGGAACUGCUUCAUUAACGAAGUUGUUUUGGUGGCUAUAAUUUUCCUUUAACCUGCUAGAGAGACAUGACCACAUCAAGCCAAGGCAUUUGAGACAACCGUUCUGUAUGUUACACUUUGUUCUGCAAAUGUACAUGAGUAACCAGUUGAAUCACUUGGAGUAUGUUGGUGAUUCUACCCCAAAGUAGGACAUAGUGGUGGGUUUGACACAAUAUCUCCAUAUGGUAGAACUGAAUCCCCAUAUUUAUUUUUGUGUGUGCGCUGUUCCUUUAACUGUAUUUAAAGGACCACUAUAGUGCCCUGAGGGUGCCCCCACCCUCAGGGACCCUUCAGGGACCCCCUCCCGCCAGGCUCUGGGGAGAGGAAAGGGUUAAACUUACCUCUUUCUCCAGCGCCGGGCAGGGAGCUCUCCUCCUCUUUGGCUGAAUGCUCAUGCGCAGCAGGAGCUGCGCGUGCAUUCAGCCAGUCUCAUAGGAAAGCAUUUGUGACGAGACCAAUCUCGCCACAUUGCAUUGGAGAAGCCUAGCUGCCCGUCUGCUGCCUUUGGACUAUGGACCAGACUUUAUGUAAAUGUGUUAACCCAGAUAGCUAUGCCAUGGAGCCCAUUCGUGUAGUUAAAGACUUCGGCUCCAUGGCAAUUGAACUGUGUGAAUAGGAUCUGAGCGCUAUUCGGUAGUUUUGUGCGCUCAGAUCCCAGCUAUCUGGGGAUAUGUGAAAUGUCUGUGUGUUAUGUGUAAAAGGUGACUUUAUGUAUUUUAAAGUGUUUUAUGUCUUUUUGCAACCAUGUGCUCAAUGGAGUCUGCCUCUAUCCCUGGAUAAUUGGAUUACUUUCCCCAUUGUCUCAGGAUAGAGGGCUCUGUAAAACCUGGUUGAGCCAGAUAGCCAUGUGCCAGAUAGCCAUGUGCCAGCCAGGGCCCAAAUAGCCAUGUUACUAACAUUUGGACCCCUGGUCUGAUUCAUGCCAUUAUUUAAUAUGUUGUUCCCCUGAAUGGAUUGAUUGUGAAUAUGUAAUUUUAUGUGAAUGUGAUGUAUGGUUUUAGAGUUAUGAAAGUUGGGUAGAAAGUAUGUUUUAACUGUAUGUGUAAUUGAGUUUCCUCUCAGGAUAAGGGGAGGGAAUAUGUGGGAUGUAACUGAUAUGUGAUUGGUUGUUUUAUACCUCCCUGUGGGCGGUCCUGUAUUUGAAAAGACUGUAAUAAAAACCAGGCUGGGUGUGCCAGCACCUCAGACCACUGCUUGACCCUCAACACGGAGCCUUGUCUCGUUCUUGGGGGGAUUCACUGUAUGCUGUUAGAGACUGAUUGCCAGGAGUGUAAGCUGAUUGUCUGCUUUUCCUGUUCGUCUGCUAGCAGCUAUUUGGGAGGUUCCAGUUCUGGAGUUGGAGUGCUAUUUUGUAUCCUGUUCGGGAGUUUGGUGUUCUGCAGUAGCUGUGCCUGCAUCUCUGGAAAGGUUGUGAGCAAAACGGUCCGUUACAGCAUUCAUAAUGCUUUCCUAUGGACGCUGGCGUCUUCUCACUGAUUUUCACAGUGAGAAGCACGCAAACGCCUCUAGCGGCUGUCAAUGAGGCAGCCACUAGAGGCUUUAGAGGCUGGAUUAACCCAUUUAUAAACAUAGUAGUUUCUCUGAAACUGCUAUGUUUAUAAAAAAAAAAAGGGGGUUAAUCCUAGAGGGACAUGGCACCCAGACCACUUCAUUAAGCUGAAGUGGUCUGGGUGCCUAUAGUGGUCCUUUAAGUUAUUAUAUUGUCCCAUAAGACCCGUUACACAAUAUAACGACUCCUAAAAUAGAUCUCUUGAAGUUGGCUACCCAUAUUUAUUUCACAAUUCUAUCCAAUAAAUUAAAUGGGAGGUAGGAUUGUCCGAUCCAGAUUAAUUUUUUUUUUUUUUUCCUGAAUGUUGUUGGGCAGCACAUGAAAGGUGAUGCCCUUUACUGUGGCACGUUUUGUAUGAUGCAGGAUUCCUGUUUGAAGGGUUUAUUUCCCAGCUGCAGUAUUUGGAGGCAAUAUAGCACAGGGCUGCCCUUUGAUAUGAAUAAGUGAUGCAUCCCCAAAAAAACUUCUGGAUUCUGGUCUGGAUCCAUGGAUACCUAUUCAUUUUACAAAAUGUACAGCAGGGAGCUUUUUUUUUUUUUGGUUAAAAUAAACCAUAGGUGCAAGUGGACAAACUUAAAUACAUUGAGCAGUUGCACAUAAAAAAUAAAAUAAAGGGGGCGGGGCCGGACCUCUGAGAGGAGAGGAAGCUAAACUAUACAGCUCCUGCUCUGCAGCACGGAAAAAGUACAAAACUGCCGUCAAAACGAGAAUUAAUCGGCUCAAAAAAGCCACCAGGAGGAAGGUGACAAAGAAGGGCACACAAUGAUGCCUCACAAGCGACACUUCCAGCGAAACACACCUCCUCGUCCUGCGGGGCCUACAAGCGUGUUCAGCAUGAGGGAGACGGCUGCUCCCCCGCUGACACCCAUGGCUGAUAAACGGAGACAAGACCCCUGUUUCCCCCCCCCCCUCUGGACCGGUGGGGGUGAUCCCGGUCCCCCCUGAGCAGAUGCCCUGGUUUAACGGGAACCCGGGGAGUCAUCUCAAGACAGAGUACGCAGCACAACAACUGGCCUAAAAUGGCGGAUGCCAAGCGCUCCACCAGCCUCACAGAUACAGCACCCACCACCAUGACUCGGCUGGAGAACAUUUUCGAAGAUUUCUGGCAGAAGCUUGAAAGCAGACUACCUCAGGUCACCCCACAGUGGCUAAGUGCUCACGCAAUGCAAGCCACAAUACCGAUGGGUACAUACCCACUCAGAGUGCAGUCUGUGCAACCCGGCCGGGAACCCAGGAAAACUGCAUACACGGCGGUGAAGCAGGCUCCGAAAUGGUGGAACUGUGCGCAGUGCCCCCCAUCUGGGAGCCAGCACAAAGCAGCACGGAAGAAGGAGCCACAGAGGGGGACAAAGUUUCAAACAUGCGUGGGACCCGCCACACCAAGCAGAUCGCCGGCUGCGGGACAACGGUGCAGUGAAGCCUCCCAAGCUGCAGGUGUAGCCCAUCACGCGACAAUGGCACAACGAAGUAGGAGACCCAAGGUGAAGCGGAGGGUAGGUGACCCAAUAAAGCGCAAUAUGAACACUAUGCACCACAAACCAAGUAAGUCACUGCUGCCGCAAGCAAAGCUCAGACAGACGUCGAACACCUUUCCGGAAUUCCACUUUAACCUUUCCUGCCCCCACCCCAGCGGGAUGAUGGGCCUGACACCGGGACUCUCAUGGCAGAACUUAGUUUGGCUCCAACGGGGAAUUGGCUGACCCUGCAGAUGGGCAGAUGACUCUCCCACCCCUGGCAGGUUGUUCCAAGGGCACCAGCAACAGACUUAGACAUUUAUUCAAGUGCCUAUUUUUAUUUUAAUUAUUGUUGCAUUUUAGACCUCAGCUGCCUAUACUAUACAAGCGUUGACCUUGCAGGAGGGGGAGACAGAGUCUGGUACCAAGCGACCUCGCUACACUUGGACUCUGAGCGGCAUAGGCUAAAUGCCAUAAGUAGUCUCACACCGGUCCCGGUGUAGCCAGGGUAUCGGCCAGUUGUAUUUUACCAGCAUGCUACAACGUUGAUUGCAUUAUUUUUUAUUUUAUUUUAUUUUUAAUGCCUCUGUUGAAACUACUAACCCAACUUAAGUACCCUCAGGCAAAUAUAAUACUAUCCUGUUUAUAUACGAAAAUGUGCAGUAUAAGUUUGUCAUGUUCUUCACCAUGCCUACAUCGUAUAUAGCAUGUUUACUUUAUCGCAUUGCCCGGGUGAUAAGCACAGUAUACAAAUCUGUUACUCACUUUCAUGCCCUAACUACACCCAGCAUGUACCAUUAAUCUGUUGUAUAUUAUUUAAAAAAUGUGCAGUUACUCCACAUACCAUGUCAAAGUUACACAAUGUUUGAUGCUUGAAUCACUUGCCAAUACUGUUGUGGUAUCGCAAAUCUGUAUGUAAACGCAUGCACUGCAAAAAUAAAGAAUAAAAAAAAAAAAAAAUCACAUGGUUAUGCCUAUAUUGGGAAACUCUCUGUGCCUGAAAGCUUUACCCAUGUAAUACAGGCUGCCGGUGUACACCUGGAGGAGAGGAGAAUGGACAAUCUCAAAGUUUGCAGCUACGUAUCUCAAAUGGAACAGGCACAUUUUAGAAACCUUAAUGGGCAUGUAAUCCCCAUGCAGGAAAGGGGCCAUUUCGUGUUCUCCAUUGGCACAUAUCCUGUACCCAGAUUUACAGCUGCAGUGUAAUGUCUUUAUACGCAGAAAACCUUUAUUACAAAUCAUGGCAGAGAUGACCACACAAGUGGGGAAACAAAUACACAAUAAAGUACAUACUUAAAACAAACAUUUUUAUUGGUAGUUUGCAAUACUCCAAACAAAAGCCCCCAGUUUAAAAUAGGUUACCACUGGAUCCAAGGGGACAUUUAAUUUUAUAUGCGCACUCUUAUAGUGUUGGUGUAAACGCAACCUGUUGUGGAUAGGCUGCAUGUGUUUUAUUAACCUCAAACAAAAUGAUUACAGAAUUAAAUUGUGUUCCCUUUUUUUUAAUACUUUGUGAUUAUAUAAAAAACAAAACUGUGAUUUAUUUGCAUACUGGUAAUCUACCACUGCACUACAGUUUGAAACCUGAUAUCACUGCUGAACGUGCUUUUGUAAUAUGUUUUCUAAUCCAUCUCAGGUACCGGAACAUGAAAAACCCCAAAACAUCUGGCCGGCAACAGGCCAAGAAUCAAGCCAUACCAAACAGUGAUGCUGUCUUGAAUUGCCCUGCCUGUAUGACAACGUUGUGCUUGGACUGCCAGAGGUCAGUUACAUCACCAUUUGCUGCUGGUCAAAGUCAAACUGUGUUCAGAAAUUAGUGACUCUUGGCACAUGAUUAGUAGGUUUGACUAAAGGAACACUCUAAACACCGUAUUCAAUACAGUGAGAUGUAGUGGUUAUGGUGUUUAGACUGACCCUUAAAGGGACUCUCUAGUGCCAGGAAGACAAAUCGUUUUCCUGGCACUGCAGAUCCCCUCUCCCUCCCACCUCCCAUCCCCGGUUGCUAAAGUGGUCAAAAUCCCUUCAGUGACUUACCUGAGGCAGCGCCGAUGUCCCUCGGCACUGCUUCUGGGUCCACCCACACUCCUCCCCGUCAUCCAGCGGGGGAGACCGAUCAUGCCCACUGGCGGGGGAGACCUAAUGCUCAUGCACGGCAAUGCCGCGCACGCGCAUUAGACCUCCCCAUAGGAAAGCAUUUUCAAUGCUUUCCUAUUGGGAUUUUAGCGACGCUGGAGGUCCUCACAUAGCGUGAGGACGCCCAGCGACGGUAUAGCACAGAAAACCUGUGCUAGAAUCCUGGAAGUGCCCUCUAGUGGCUGUCUAAUAGACAGCCACUAGAGGAGGAGUUAACCCUGCAAGGUAAUUAUUGCAGUUUAUGAAAAUUACACUUGCAGAGUUAAGGGUAGUGGGAGUUGGCACCCAGACCACUCCAAUGGGCAGAAGUGGUCUGGGUCUCUGGAGUGUCCCUUUAAAGAGUAGCACUAGUAGUCUCCACUUUUUUCAAUGUCCUUGCAGUUCUCAUUUACAACAGCCAUUACAGAUCUUUAUAGCAAAGCUAGGAAUUCUUGGGUGAAACUAUGAAUAUACUUGAAUUUCUUAAAAAAAUAAAAAAAAUCAUAGGAGAGGAAAAGCACCUAUUAUUAAGAUGAUGCUGUUUCCACUAAUUAUGAUGCGGAGUCUUUGCGUGUAAAACCACUUUCGAGCCAUUUCACAAAUCCAUGGAUUUUUCAGCCCAUCAACUGCUGCUUGGGCAAAGCAGACGAUGCAGACUGUAAGCAGUGGCUGCAGAUUAGCCCGAUGCCAAGUCUAUCAUUGUCAGCCGAGUUUGGACAAUUUCUCAAUUCUUCUGUUUUAUCCUAGCCUAGUGGUGCCAAGAGAGCUGUGUGUUUUGUCAAACUGCUUGAAUUAAAGAGUCAUCCACAGACUGUUUACACCACAUUCACCCAGUGUUACUAUACUUGGAGUGUACCUUUGAAAUCACACUCGCUGUGAUGAUGCAGUUGAGCCUUGGAAUAUUGUCCAUGAUGCCUCACUAGAGGGCAGACAUGACUUGAAAAAUACUCAAUAUAAAUUGGAAUGGCUAUUGUUUUACCUCUAGACGAGAGAUCACAGUGUAAUAUAGGAAAUAGAAUGCGUUCCAGUGCAGUUUGCAGAUAAACCUCUAUAGCGCUGUACUAUUUACCAUACGUCAGUACUGGUGUUUUGUUGUAUAAAUCUAGAUUCUAAAAAAAUCUAGUUAAACAGAACAAACUACUCCAGGCUGAAAAGAGUAGAACGGAUGACUUGUUUAGUGAAAACUAAUUAAAUUACGUGUUCUGAAGCUUUUUAAAAAAAAAAAUGUUUUACGAUCUUUCAGCUGUGUAGUAGAUGACGCCCUAAUUUGGUACCUUUUUAUGUGGGAUUGCUUUAUUUAAGAAUACCAAAAAGCCACUAUCUAGUAUAUAGCUCCCUGUUGGGAAUAAACACUUUAUCUAUACAAUGCUUGGUUAAUAUCCCCCUAGAAACAGAGCUACAAACUUUUCUGUCUCAGGGCGUUGUCUUAUUUCCUGUUUUUUUUACUUGUGUAUUUCUAGCUACAUGGAAACUUAUCUAUUUGUAAGCGAGCAGUAACUUCUCUAUUUCUAACCGCGUAGUUAAUUUGAAACCUAGCUUAGUGCAAGGUUUGACCAUAUAUGGUAACCUGAGGAUAAAGAUUACUCCCCCCAGCACUCUUGCAAGUUAGCUAUAGGUUAAUAUAGGUUAAGGUAGACUUAUUAUGUUAUUAUUGGAUAAUACUCAUAAGACCACCUCUGUUUCCUAUUCUAUAAAAUCAUUUGUACCACCUAUUAAAACUCAGAAGUCCCUUUUGAACCUUCCAUUGUGGUUUUGUUCAUUGGAGCUCCUCAACAGCUGGGUGGAGAUAAGAAGAAAUACAGAGAGUUCCAAAUUGAUCAACCCCUUCCCAACCUCGGACAUGCAGGUUACGUCCGACAAAAAACAGCAGUUGAUGACCGCAGGCGUACCCUGCACGUCCGCGACUAAAAUGAACCGGGUACUCACCUGGACCGGCGAGCCCGGACUUGGGGGACUGCCAGAGAUACCAGCAAUCCCCCUGCUGCAGCUCCGUCCUCUCCGGCCCUCCAGGGGCAUGUAAUCACCAUGAUCACAUGACCGCAAUGGAAGUCUAUGGAGUGCCAGCAGGGGGACUGCCUGAGCAAUCAGUCAGCCCCCCAGGCACCGAACAUGAAAAAUCAGAUAUAUUAUAAUUUAAAGAAUUUUAUAAUGUAUAAUAUAUAUUUGCAUUAUAAGUGUACUUUGAGAUGUAUACAUAUAUAUGAUUACAUUAUAAGUGUAUUUUGAGAUAUGUAUAAUAUAUUAUAAAAUUCUUUAUUUUAUAAUCGAAUAUACAUAUAUAGGAAAUAAAAACGUGUGUGUGUGUGUGUGUAAUAUCUCACAAGUACAACAGUACCCCUCAAGUAUAGUUUUUUUGUUUUGUUUUUUUUAAACUUUUUUUUUGUUUUUUUUAAUUUUGCUCCGACAGAGGUGCUGCAGUACAGGGUCUCAAGCGUAUGCAAACGCUAAAUCACAAGUACAGGUUUUAUGGUGAUUUGGAAAGGUACAGGGUCAAACAUAAGAUUUGCCAAUUUCUGUAUUGAUAAAUUUGCUAUUUACCUGAUUGGCUAUGUUGCCUUUGAGACGAUGUGUCAGCCCAGAAAUGAAAAUUAACCCCACCAUGACAUACCAUUUGAAAAAGCAGACAGCCCAGGGUUUUCAAAAUGGAGUAUGUCCAGUCUUUUGUAGUAGUCACUUAGUCACAAACACCGGCCAAAGUUAGCAUUUAUAUUUGUUUGUGUGUGAAAAAAGCAAAAAACGAAUAUGACCGCUAACUUUGGCCAGUGUUUGUGACUAAGUGGCUACUAGAAAAACACUGGACAUACCCUAUUUGCAAUACCUUGGGUUGUCUACUCUUGCAAAUGGUAUGCCAUCAUGGCAGGAAAUUUUAUUCCUGGGCUACCAUACGGUUUCAAAGGUAACAUUAUCAAUUUGGCAAAUUUCAAUGAAAAUUAUGAAAUGGGCAAGACUUAUAUUUGACCCUGUAACUUUCAAAAACACUAACAAAACUGUUAUACUCUGGAGACUUCGCUGAACACAAAUGAGUGUUUCAAAACAGUAAAACGUAUCACAACAAUGAUAUCAUCAGUAAAAGUGCCAUUUGUGUGUGAAAAAUGCAAAAAACUUCACUUUCACCGACUAUCAUCACUGUGAUAAGUAUUCUUGGUUUUGAAAAAACUAAUAUUUGUGUUCAGCAAAGUCUCCCGAGCAUAAAACCUGUACAUGAGGGGAACUUUUUUGUAUCCUGGAAAGUUACAGGGUCAAUAUACGGCUUGCCCAUUUCAGUUUGCCAGAUUGGCCUUUUGAGACCAUAUGGUAGCCCAUGAAUGUGAAUUAACCCCAUCAUGGCAUACCAUUUGCAAAUGUAGACAUCCCAGUGUAUUCAAAAUGGGGUAUGUCCAGUCUUUUGUAGUAGUCACUUAGUCACGAAUGCUGGCCAAAAGUUAGAAUUAUUUUUUUUUUUAAAAAAAACAAAACUGCGCUUUCACCGACAAUAUCAUUUUUGUGAUAUGUUUUACUGUUUUGAAACAUUCAUGUGUUCAGCAAAGUCUCCAGAGUGCAACCGUACUCUCCCCCCCUCCCAUGUACUGGUUUUAUAAUGAUUUUGAAAGUUACAGUGUCAAAUAUAAGGCUUGCCCAUUUCAUUUUUUUUUUCAUUGAAAUUUGCCAAAUUGGUUAUGUUGCAUUUGAGACCGUAUGGUAGCCCAGGAAAAAGAAUUACCCACAUCAUGGCAUACCAUUUGAAAAAGUAGACAACUCAAGGUAUUGCAAAUGGGGUAUGUCCUACUAAAAAAGAGUGGACAUAUCUCAUUUUGAAUACCGUGGGUUGUCUUCUUUAAUAAACUAUAUGAUUUGAUGGGGGUUAAUUACAUUGGCCAGCUUUAAAAAUGGGUGCAUGAUGAUCAGCUGUGCAAAUUCCAAGUUUGGAAAACAAAUAACAUCUUUUAACCCCUAGAGAACCUAUAGAACACCUAUAAAUGGGUGGUAUCACUGUAUUCGGGAAAUGUCGCUGAACACAUAUUGGGUUGUUCUUUGGCAGUAACCCUUAAAGUUCUCAGUACAUGUAUUCUUAAAUUGCUAUGUGUGUCAAAAAAAUUACCAAUUAUUAUUUAAUUUGGCAUAGAUUGGUGGUAAAAUGGCUGCAUGAAAAGAGUCAAAAUACCCCAAGUUUAAUACCUUAGGUUGUCUUCUUUUAAAAAUAUACAUGUGAAAAUAUAUACAUGUAGAGAGAUUCCUGACCGAUAUCAGUGUUACAAUGUAAAAAAUGGUUUGGAAAUAGCAAAGUGCCACUUGUACUUAUUGCCCUAUAACUUUCCAAAAAAAGCUAAGAACAUGUUAACCCCUUAAGGACACAACUUCUGGAAUAGAAGGGAAUAAUGACGGAAUAUUUCCGUCUUUUGUCCUUAAGGGGUUAACAAUGGGCAUCUCUAAUUUCAGGACAAAAUUUAGAAACUAUUUAGCACGUGUGAAUUUUGGCAGUUGUAGAUGCGUUACAGAUUUUGGGGGUCAAAGUUAGAAAAAGUGUGUUUUUGUUUUAAAUUUCAUAUUUUAUAAAAAAAUUUUUAAUUAUAUGACAUGAUGAAAAUAAUGGUAUCUUUAGAAAGACCAUUUAAUGGCGAGACUAACGGUGUAUAUAAUAUGUGUAGGUACAGUAAAUGCGUAAGAGGAAAAUAACAGCAUCACUGUUUAACCCAAGAAAUGUAAAAAGAGCCCUGGUCCAUAAAGGACCACUAUAGGCACCCAGACCACUUCAGCUUAAUGAAGUGGUCUGGGUGCCAGGUCCAGCUAGGAUUAACCCAUUCUUCUCUAAACAUAGCAGUUUUCAGAGAAACUGCUAUGUUUAUAAUAGGGUUAAUCCAGCCUCUAGUGGCUUUCUCAUUGACAGCCGCUAGAGGCGCUUCCGUGCUUCUCACUGUGAUUUUCACAGUGAGAAGACGCCAGCGUCCAUAGGAAAGCAUUCUCAGACUGGCUGAAUGCGCGUGCGGCUUAUGCCACGCAUGCGCAUUCUGCCAAUGACGAGGAGGAGGAGUCCCCUGCCCGGCUCUGGAAAAAGAGGUAAAUUUUAACCCCUUCCACCCCCUAGAGCCCAGCCGGAGGGGGAACCUGAGGGUGGGUGGGAACAAGUGUUUUCCUGGCACUAUAGUGGUCCUUUAACGGUAAGAAAAUUGAAAAGAGGUCUGGUCACUAAAGGGUUAAAGUCCACGGCAUGAGCAAGUAUUCCUACUGAUCCAGAGAAUCUUCACUCCCUUUUAUUUUAAAUUUAAGUAUUGCAAUCCCACCUAAGGUUAUUAAAUAUUGGAGCUAUCUAGUAACAUGUAACUUUAUUAGUGUGUUGUUUUUUUGUUUAAACCAAAUUUAUUGGAUGUAAUUCAUCUUGACCAAUUAUUUUUUUUUUUCUCUUCAUUGCAGUACAUAAAUCUAGCUCAGAAUAACUUGACAAAUGUUAUUUUUUUCCCCCACUUCGAGCUUGUUAGCAGUUUAAUUCUCAAUGUAAUCCAUUUCUUUCUAGGCACGAGUCCUACAGAACCCAGUACAGAGCCAUGUUUGUUAUGAAUUGCUCUGUUAGCAAGGAUGAAGUUCUCAAAUUCCCAGAUCAACCCUUGAAAAAGCACAGACGACAUGACCGCAAGAAGGUGAAAUGUCCUGCAACGGCUACAGAUAGACAAACCAAGUCAGAUGAAAUGUAUCAUCCGGUAAAAUGUACCGAGUGUUCCACAGAAGUGGCCGUUUAUGAUAAAGAGGAAGUGUAUCAUUUCUUCAAUGUCAUUGCUAGCCAUUGUUAGGGAGUGAAACUUCUGCCAAUACCGGGUAAGUGGCUGGUUAAGGUUCAAGGAUUGGACAUAUUAAUGUUUGAGUAGCUGGAUUUCCAUCAUAACCUGUAUCUAUAGGUAGAAAUGUAGUGACACAGCUGUAUAAUCUGUAGCUGCCUGUACAAACUUGUUUUAUUUCACUUGAAAUUAGAUUUUUAGUUUUUGUUGUGUUUUUUUUUAUCCUUUCUGCCCCAAUAUAUAAUAUUUACAAUUUUUAAGUCCUUCUCAUUGCACAAAAACUAAUCCUAACCCCCAAAAAAAAAACGUUUUCCAGUUCUGGUCUUCCAGAGGAAUGCGGUAACGGGAGCCAGAACACAAGUGAUGUCAAGGCUGCUUUGGGUGCAGCCGAAUCUCUUUGGAAAACCCUCAAAGAUUAAAAAUGUGCAAAAAACAAAAAAAUUAACCCCAGAAUAUGUAACCGACACAACCCAACCCCCAUGUAUAGAGCUGAGCUAGAAAAGGACCCACAUCUUAAGCUCUUAAAAUAUGAGGAAUGCUAUUCAUUUGUUUCUCAGCUUCAUUCUGCAAUUUCUCUGAUACUUCCUCCAUUUUACCAACACAAGCCAAGAUGGUCUGAUUCCUGCUCAGCUCAUAGGGUGUACCAACUGCAGGCCUAUGGCAUCAUCCUCGCCCAAGUACAGCACGCCUGCCACUUCUGUUAGCUCAGGGGAGCUAAUGGAAAGAGGGAAAACAACCUCCCUGUCUGUCUGAUGGCCAUGGAAGUACUUCAUAUUUUAAUUAUAAAAAUACUGAAUUCCCAUAGAAAGCGGUGCUUUUAUAAACUGUAAUUAAAUUGUGAUACUACUCUCCCAGCUUGCUGUAGUGCAUUUUGGAUGAGGAGUGGUCCUUUUCGUUAAACAUGUCUGAUCUUUCCCCCCACAGCUUAUCAUACUUUGUUGAAGAAAGCAAUGUAAAAAUGCUAUGUGAAUAAUCCAUUUGUACAUUAUAAAUUCUUGUGUAUAUAAGCCAUAAAAACAAAUGUUAAAGCAGUCAUGUUACCGAUUUGGUUUGUGUUUUUGUUUUUCCUUCCUCCUGUCUUGUUUUUAACAUGCACCCUUAUUCACGGAAUAAGAAUUUGCAAGGCCAUCAUACCUUCUAAGCUUAACUAGCUACAAUGGAAAAGCGAUCAAACUCCACUAUUUUAUUUGUCUGUUUAUUUUUUACAGUUCUGUUUGUACAGUUUUAAGUUGGUGAAUAACCCACAUGGAUUACAUGAAAGUAAUCUGACAUUAUA